AUGGCCGCUAAGUCGGAUGGAGCAGCGGUGUCUGUGGAAGAUGACAACACGCCCAGGAGCCUCUCGGAGCCGGGGAUCCCCGCCGUCCGGCCCCGCUGCACUGCCGCUGGCGGGAAGCCCUACACCCUGCUGGACUGCUGCUGGGUGCUGUGCGCCCUGCUCGUCUUUUUCUCCGACGGCGCGACCGACCUGUGGCUGGCCGCCGACUACUACCUGAGAGGUGACUACUGGUGGUUCGGCUUGACGCUCGUCUUCGUCGUGGUGCCCUCCGCCGUGGUCCAGGUUUUGAGUUUCAGGUGGUUCGUCUAUGACUACUCGGAGCUGAGCGGCGCGGACGGCUCGAGCGGCAGCGGGACGGACGCGGCGGCGGCGGCAGGCGCGGCAGCAGGCGGAGCGGCAGCCACGCUCGACGACAACAGUAUAAGCACCAAGGACAGCGACCAGCGCGGUGGGAGCGCGGCGGCAGGGAACGCUGCGAACGCUACCCCGGUUUACACGUCCUCUAGCCCGCCUGCGACGGCCGGGAGAGUCGCGACCCCGCGGAGGUGCUGCACCAUCUGCAUGUGGGUCUUUCAGACCGUGCUUCACGUCCUGCAGCUGGGACAAGUGUGGAGGUAGGACCGCUGGUUGAACAAGAGGGGUGUGCAUGUGUGUGCGCGCGCGCGCGUGUGUGCAUACGUGUUUAACAUGUGAGCGUUGCAUUCCCAGCAGGAUAGCGUUAGAGUUGCAACUGUGUGUACGUGCGUGCUCACUACGUUUGUCUGCGUGUGCGUGCCUCCAUGCCCGUUCACGUGCAUUCCCCCCCCCAAAAAAAAAAAAAAAAAAAAAAUCACCUUUCCCCUUACAUGCAUGGGUGACACAAAUGUGCAGGAAUCAGGAGUGAUAGAGGGGAUGGGGGUCCGCGCGAGGCUGGAUCUGCAGCCCGUGCGCUCACACGAGACUCGCAGCAGUCAUAGUAGAAAGAUGAAUUCCUCUGAAUGAGCCUCUUUGUCCAUCUGCCCUUCUGCUCUGGAUGUGACAGACUGUGAGCGGCUGCACACAGGAGCUCCAACAUGCAGCCUCUCUCUGCUCCCCCUGAAUAUAUGUGUGUGUGUGUGUGUGUGUGUGUGUGUGUGUGUGUGUGUAUCAUGGUCCUGACAUGCUGACAGGAACAUCGACAGCUCCGUGGUUUAGACCUCACCGCUCUCCUCCUCUUGUCACAUUACUGAUCUGAAAAAAUGGAUCCUCUCUCCCCCGGGAUCAUGUCUGGAUAAGGGCAGAAGUGGGACGGAUGAGAUGUAAACGAAGGCGUGAGCGGGGAAAAUGUGUAAAGAAGCUUUUCAAACAGGACGGAUAACAACCUCUCCUGCGGUCCUGAACGUUAACGUGUGUCUUUUCAGAGAUGUUUCCUCUUCAGUCAAGCUCCAUCUCUAUGAGACGAUGUGUCAACUUAAUAACCUCUUAAAGCCUCUAAAUGGACAAAAAUCAAAAUAAUAAUGAUAAUCAGAGGGAAUUUACUAAUCCUAUAAGUAACUGUGAUGUUUGAAACUGCUGAAGAGUUACAACAGGAAAUUAUGCAAGUUACCUCCACCGAUGGCGGGGACUGAUACGUACAAAAUAUUGAUAUUGUGCUAAAAAUCAGACAAAAGUUUGACCAAAAGAUUAUUCCUUUACGCUGAUAGAAGAAGAAGCAGCAGCUGCCAGUGAGCUAGUGGAAGCACAGAGAGACGAUUUAACGUUGUGACUUAUGAGUUACGAUCUGAAAUAGAAGAAUGACGAACAAUCGUUUAAUGAGGCAACGUCUUAAAUCCUCCGAUCCUAAAUUUGAACGUUAUAAUUAAUCGCACUUUUUCACCUGUCGAGAGAUGGAUGUUGCCGACCGCUUGCUUCCCAUUAAACUAUGACUGUGACCCUAUAUGUCCUGUUGUUGAAGUUAGGUGCUGUUCUGAGCAUUAUUUGUGGCUAUAGAGUGGCGUUUUGGUUGAGUUCGUGGCUCUCUGUAUCGCUGUGUUAUAAUCUACAUGUGUGCAAAUUUUUCCCCUUUUUUCUAUUUUUCUUGCUCUUUUUAAUCCCGGAGCAUCAAAAGUUUCAGAUCUGUUUCCUCAUGCAUGUGACUUUGCUUUAGUCCAGAUGUCUCUUGGGUUGGUAAUCUGGUUGGAACAGUUUCAACAUACGUGUCCAUUUAACCCUUUAAAUUCAGGCGUGUUUGAGACUGAAUCGAGGAAUAUUGCAUGUAAAAUUGUUGCUUAUUCACUAGAAUUUUUAAAAAUUGUAGAAAAUCGCUUCAUCUUGCAAGUUCCUUGUGUUGAAAAGGAAGUGAUCUGGCUGAGUCUGCACAACUGUGGUAAUUCAGGUCCCACUCGUUUCUUUUGUUGCAGGUUUGUCAUUAUUUGGGGAAUUAAUCUGAAAAAGCUAAAUCUGUUCACAUUUAACCACCAGUUUCUAAUGUUUUGUCUCUGUCUUGUUGUUGUUUCUUGCAUCGGUGGAAAAAGUACAAAAAUAUUUAACUCAAGUCAAAGUACAGGGGGAAAUUCUUGAGGCGUCUUUUGUCAAAAUUGGAUUUUAUAGAUGAUCUCUGUGUGCUGAUCUUCUGUGCAGAGAUGCUUAUUAUUACUAUUAGCCAGAGAAAAGGUCUUAAUUGAAAGUAAUGAGUAAAAAUGAUAGUAAACAAUAUUUGCUUUUGAUGGUUUCUUGUAACAAGAUGUUUUUGUAAUUCCAAGGAACUUAUUCAGAUGAAUUAUUUUGACAUCAGGGUGAAUUUUUGAUCUUUAGGGUAAAUCUAUUUUACAUUUUCAGGUUUUCGCAGAGUUGUGUCUGCAGCUGAUGGAAAGCCUGUUAUGUACUUGGCAUAGCUGAUGCCAUGAAAAUGAAAAAAUAACCCCUAACUUCUCACCCUUGACUUUUUUUUUUUAAUGUCAUGGAUGUGAGCCGCACCAAAACAGGCGCCACUCUUCAAAUAUUUCCACCAUUUCACUUCAAAUCCAAACAACGAAGCAGCUGUUGGAGUAUUUGUCGGAGUAAUUAGCGUUUCUUCUGUUAAUAAUGUCACAGCCUGCUGAGAGUUCCCCGGUGACUUUUGAAGGACUCUCAGGACCUGCUAAAACCGACUGUUAAGAAAAGACGUUUCAAGUUAUUGUGGAGCUGCAGUAUUUUUUGAUAAAGUGGAUUCAGUGCCCACACACAUCACUGAGGCUGAGCGCUGCUUUGAUCAACUUGUUGCAUUAAACUGCUCGACUAAUUAAAUUCAAUUAAAUUCACUAAUACAAAAACUCGUUUUCCAGGAAGGGAGAAAAAAUAAACUUAAAUUCACUUUCUGUAAAUCUGUUUUUUAACAAUUCUGCAUGUAUAACAUCUGUGUUGACCGUCUGCAUGCACGUGUCCUCCCACAGCUCAUUAGGUUCCCCAGUGGAUCUAGACCGCCCACAGGUGUAAAUCUCUGCUCUGUGAUAGGCUGGAGACCCCGUCUAAGGUGCACCCAUCCACACCCUUACCCCACAUGACUCCAAAUAGUGUGUGAAGGGUAUAAAUGACAGAUAUCCCAACCAGUUUUCCCCUCAGCUCCUCCUCUCCCCUCAAGCCCCGCCCACAAACAGACGCUCCUGCUCGCUCGUAUCGUUCCAAUUAAAUUCAGAUAUAAUGCAGAUGAAUACUUAAGAUCAUUACAAAUGGGGCCCAGUCAAGGUGAAAGUCAAAAGCAUUGGUGCUACUGUAGAUGCCAACAGACUACCAGCAAACACAAUGUCUGCAGGACUUCUACAACGAGGAUAAAGUGACAUAGUCCAGGACCCGAGGGAGGACAGUUUAGCGAUGGCGCUACAACACGCUACAGCAGGUCCGUUUGACAAGAAACACUUCUGUUACAGACACUUGUCUUACUUUGUUAAAGCGGUUUACCUGUCCAGCAGAAAGGUUACAGGGUCACCAAGAUCCCCAAGCGUCCCCCAUGGUUUAUGUUGACCCGGCUUUUUAGCUCUUGUCCGGUCUGCCUCCGUUUUAAGCGCCCGUUAUUCCUCCAGAGUCUCCGGUAUUUACUUUGUUUUCUUGCUUGUGUCGGAAGUCGUGGCCAAAGGAGGAUUCAGACAAUUUUCCGAACUUUCUGGUUGGUUUCUACUGUCCGAUAUUGUAGCACGCUAACUUUGUUUGGGCUCCUGAACGUUAUUCAAGGACCUGGAAUGCCUCACAACCAAGGACAUAAGAGAACACAGAGAUGUGGUUAUAUUCCCAAAUGUCAUCAAUAACUAAUAACUAUUGAUUGAUAUUAAAAGCUUUUUUGUUUAUACACCACAAAAUAAAAAGAUGCUUCUUUAACGGAAACCUGCCUUCACCACCUUUAAAUAGAGACUAUAGACGCACUGCUCGGUCCUUGAUGCAGGUUUUCAUUCGAUACUUCAGUCUCGCUUUGUUUCUCAUGAGGAGCUGUGAAGGCCUCUUUCCCUCUCCUUGUGUCCUUCCUUCCUUCCUUCCUUUGUUUCCUUGUAUCGAUGAGAUGUCUUUAACCAGUAGAUCUGCUCGUUCCUGUCAGAGAAUAAUCCUCCUACUCGGGUUACGAAGACUUUCUUUGGUCAUAAAUCAUCAGCUGUUUUUAACAUGUUAACACACCAACGUGCCUUAGACAGGUCCUUUUUUAUAAACGUCACUCUUUGCUUCACUUUUCAGAGUUUUCCAAACUUUCCCUUUUCACGGCGUACAAACUGAAGCUACAUUUACCAUGAAUAAUUUAAUAUUUUGCACUAUUUGUCAGUCAAAUGAGCUGAUUCUUGAAGAACCAGCACUUUCUUUAUGUUAUUUCUAGCAGACGUCGUCUUGGUGGAAUUGAAAUUCAGAACUCCUCGGUUAAAAGACACAUUCUUCCUUCAGUGAAGACUCCGAUUAUUUCCUCUAGCAUCGCAAUCUACCUGCAACAGUAUGCAAUCUUUCAUCACAGCCUUGCAUAAGACCAACAAUGUGAGUAAAUAUGUUUACACAGCAAAGAUGCACCGCAGAAUAUAAACAUCACCCGCUCUUGCAACAGACAGGAAAUCUGAUGAACUGACACCUGAGUGACGGGAGAGCAGCCUGUCAGUCAGUGCUGAGGGCAGACGCCGACGCACGCAGCGAAAGACUAAACAGAUAAAGAAAUCAGAAACAGGAUUAGGUGAAAGAAAAGAAGGACUCUGGGUUUAGUUAAGACCCGAGUCUGUAGAGGCAGAGACCUGUGACUGAAAGAGAGCCGAGUCAAACCGCCCACGAGUCUGAGACCGCUCUGAGGUCAUCGAAUCAAACAUCCUGAGGUCACGCUCGCUGACAUACAAGUGUUCGCUGGUAACUUUAGAGGAAUGCACACAGUCAGGAAAUAGCUCUGAAUCUAUACUGUACCCUGCAGCUCCAGACCGCGCAGUAAUGAAAAAACUUUCUCUUCAAUAUGAGUUUUUCCAGCAGCAGUCGGCUCGGCAGCACAAAGCUUUUCUUCCCUCUUUUGUCCUGUUGAUUGUGAAGUUGCUGCAGGAAGUUGUCUGUUUUUUUUUGUGUUACGAGUCCAUUCAGUUUUUAGUGAAGUAUAAGAAACUUUUUCAACACGACACGUUUACUGAACAAGUCUGGCUCCUUCGCCUCGGUGUUUUAUUCCUCUCUUUGUCUCUGGUGUUUCUCGAAGGUUAAUAAUGAGAUUUUUCAGCCCCUGCUUUGAUUUGUUUUUAUUGAAUGCUGCUUUUAUUAAGUUCUUUUUUUAAUUACAAAACCAGUUAUCUUCUGUUUAUUGCUUUCUGAGCGUGAAGAAGGAGGGAGGGAGAAUAUUUAGUGUAAAGCACUUUGUGUUGCACUGUAGAUGUGGAAAGCUGAAGCCUGACCGCCGAUUUUCACCGCAUCCGGAACGGCCGUCCACCAAUUCCUACCUGAUCCGUUUGAGAGGCAAAUUUCGUAGGUAUAGGUAAUUUCGUAUAGGCUAACCAUAUAAGCAGUAGAUUGUGGAAAUCUACUUCUAGACUUCUAGAAUCAGCAUCUCCUCAUCCAUGGUGUCAUCGGGGUGAAAUGACGUCUAAAAACCUCUCACUUGUUCGUCUCCGCCCGUUUGCAUGGUGUGAAAUACGAUCCGCCUAAAACAGAGUGUUUUAUUUUGAAAAGAAGACGGAUUUCCUUUCCAGCACGGGUUAAUCUGUGCUGAAUUUAUCCGCCAUGCUCCAGCAUCCGGAAAAACUAGAACUCUUGUGAUCAGCUGUGGAGUCCGGCGAUCCGCAGAGGAACGGAAAGAAGUCGGUGUAAAUUGACACGUUAACUUGAAUGGUUACGAUCAGCUCCGAUCAGUGGGUACAGCCUUUUCGUAGCCGUUCUGGAUGUGUAGGAAAUUAGGGGUGAGCAGGUAGAGCACACCUGCCUUCUUUUUAAGUAUGUGUGUGAACAGCCAAGGCGGGUAGAGCACACCUACCUUCACUUUAAGAAUGUAUUUUAAGAGUCAAGGCAGGUAGAGCACACCUACCUUCACCUCAAGUACUUCUAUGAACAGCCAAGGCGGGUAGAGCACACCUACCUUCACUUAAAGGGCAUAUAUGAACAGCCAACAUGGGAAGAGCACACCUACCUUUACUUUAAGUACGUAUAUUAACUUCAAAGGCAGGUAGAACACACCUACCUUCACUAAAGGUGGGUAUAUAAACAGUCAAGGCAGGUAGAGCACACCUACCUUCACCUCAAGUACUUUUAUGAACAGCCAAGGCGGGUAGAGCAUCAGCAAAGACAGGAUAUAUAUGCAGCUUCACUUUGAUUGGUUUGUAGAUCGGACAGAAACCUCACAUCAGUUUUCUGUCCUUGUUUAAAAGUCGGAGUCGACACAACCCUUUGCUCUUAAACACUUAAACAACAAAGCCGGUUGGAGAGGAUCAAACCGACUUCUGUUGGUUUUGUCAGUUAAUAACUCUCCCCCCUCCCUCCUCGCUGAAGUGUCCUUGAGCCUUUUCACUACCUCCUCUACGCCUGCAGCCGACCUCUGACCUCUUUGUGAAGGCAGAAGAAGACAGGAAAACACCAUUUUAACACCAGCUAAUUCUAAAAUAGAGCAUUUGGGAAUUCAGAGCAGAAUAAUUACAUGCAGACGGGGUAAUGAACUGCUUUAAUGAACAACAAUAAGAUGCUGAGAGCCGAGAAUGAGAAUGAGUUGGUUUUAAUGGGAUAGUUGCUGCCGGGAGAGUUGGACGCCCCUCGCUGUGACUGGGAUCAGAGUCUGACUCGGGUUUUAAAUUUGAUGAGCUGAGAUUUAUUUAGCACAUGGGGAAAUUACCCCUGCAGCAGAACAUGCUUUUUCAGAUUCAUUAUUUACACCUGGACCUGUAAUUCAGAUCUCAUCUCCUGAUCAAUGUUGGAAGCACAAAAAAUAUAUAUCAAGUCUUCAUCCUUCUCCUCCUCAUAUCCGAAGCAGAUAAUUUGCCGGGCUGCAGACUGACAUCUGAAUGUGAAUAAUUUUAUUCUCAAGGCUGGAAUAUGUUAGCACAUGUCUCCUGUCAAUCACCUGAAUCAUAAUUUUGAAUUGAAGCCGUUCAGCAGAGACAGAAACGGGAGGAAGAGGAAAUUUUUCAAGUAAAAGUCUGUGAUUCUACAAAAACAUCAUCGUGUUCGUAUUUCCUCUAUUGACGUUUUAAUAUUCAACAUGUUUGACAGUUUUAUGGGGCUGCCAGUGUGAGGAGUGUCUUCAUGAUGAGUAGACACUAAAGAAACAGGAUAUUUUAACGGAAAAAUCUAGAUUAUGUUGUUUAAGAUGAGCUUAAAUUAUCAGAUUUCUGUUUCAGGCUGUUCUUCAGAUCAAGAUUAGUUAACUAAAAAUCUACCUUUAGGUUUGAAGAUCUGCCCAACGUGACAAAGACUUUAAAAAGGUUCGUGAUCUUUUUCUUCCACGGGUACAUUUUUUCGGAUGUUCUGAGGAUGUUUUUGCCUUUUUCUAACAUUUCUGAUCGAACAGCUGAGGAGCGGCAGGACUGAUGUGAACCAAAUAGCAACAGGACCGACAGUCAGACCUUUACACGGUACGCUGAUGACUCACUCCUUUUUACAUGGGGGCCUGUUUGAAUAACCGAGCUUUAGCAGCACAAAGAAUAAAGUGCAGUUUUCUUUUCAGGGGACUAAAACCUUUUUUGUGUGUGUCCUGCUUCUUCUGUAUUUGUGCUCCUGAAGUUUCCCCACCAACUCGGUGCAUGCUGAGUAUGCAAACAGUAAUCGCCAUGUGCAAGUUAGAGAAAGGACAUCAGAGCAUUUAAAGCUACGUUUGCAAAAAUUAGUGUUGUGUCGUUCAUGAAUGUUUCCUGAACGUUAACAGAAUCACUCCGAGAUCUGAUUCUUUCCUUUCUUGGUUCAGUUGAGCUCAGCCAUGGGCCUGGCGUGUUGAUCAGGAGUGGAACUGCCGCUUUUGACUCUUUGGCGAGCGACGCACAGCCAGCCAGCCAGCGAGCGGGUGGGUGGGCGGAGUCUCGUGAUUUGCUCACAGCGAAUAAACGACAUGUAUCGGUCAGACUGUGAACGAAACGAACGACUUGAGGCAGACAGAGGAGGAAAUGUGUAGCAUCGUUCAUGAACUGCCGAGUAUUGGUUCGUUCACUGAGGCUAAAAUAAAUCAGUACAUUAUAGCGUCUUUACAUAAAUACAUGUGUUUAAACUUUCUUGUCAGAAGGAUUUAAUUUCAGCGGAUUUAAAGAAAUACACCAUUUGGUAUCUUCAAAAGUAUCAGAAUCCUCGCUACAGCUGCCAUGUUUAUUUAUUUUUAAUCUCUCCACUUUUCCACAAGAUAAAAGAACGACGACUCGCGCUGCUCGCUGCUGUGUCGGGGUGAGUUUCUGAGGGCAGGGGAGUGAUUCUUCCUUCAGGACUUGGCGAAUGAACGACACGUCUCACCCAGUGAACGAAUUCACAUCUGUAGCUGCGUUUCCAUUACCCAUAGAUUUGCGCAAAACGUAAAUAUCGCAAUAGAAAACUGGUAAUGGAAACACCUACAUUUCGAAAAACCUCCCAAAUAUCGCUAAAAAGUUUUUACGCUCUCAUGAGGUGGUUUUUCAGAAGUGUCGAUAUAGAAGUAUAUCGCAAAAGUGUAAUGGAAACACUUUUCUCGCAAUUCUCUGUCACCGGACGUGACGUAGCGGGUCAAGUGACCAGUUCAUUUCAAGCGUAGAUGGCACGGUAUAUGUGGACGGGGGAGGAGACGGACUUAUUUCUGAAGUUUUGAAUUGUAUUUGUAUUUUUCUGAAGUUUUGAAUCCACAAUUCGUCUGUGAAUUCCUCAUUAACGAUCCUCUCCCAGAAAUCGCUCAUCCGUGUUCGCUCCCAUACAUACGAGCUUUGCCUUUGAAUUAUCACCCGCUGCCUUCGUCUCCUGAUGACAGCAGCGGCAACAGCAGUAAUGGUCACAGAAAUAGCUGCUCCAAAACGAAAAAUGUUUUGUGUCUCGUCCAUGUCGGUGUGCAAAAAGGCUUAAGGAAUACGAGGUCGCACGGGCAGGAAGUUUACCUCGUUGCUAGGCAACGGCCAUUUAAACACGGCUCGCGAGAGGCAGACGGUUCGCUUAUGCACUGAACACCAUUCAAUGGAAACACCCGCAAAUCGCAAUUGUACUUUGUCGAAAUUUGAUAAACAUCGCUUUUAUGUUGCGAAAAAAUGUAAUGGAAACGCAGCUACUGUCACUAACUUGUGAACUGUACCGGCAGGACGCGGCUCCAAAGCGCUGACUGAUUCAGUAAAUGAAUCUUUUGAACGGAUCGUUUUAAUGAACGGAUUCUAAAGAUUCAGUCAAAAGAACUGAUCUUCCCAUCACUGGCAAAAAUAUGUGGACCACGGGCUCAAAGAAAAGACAGAGCGACAGAGAUUUACGCCAUGAUGGCUGUUUUUGCAUUUACACAGAUUCUCCAAGUCGGGGUCGGUGACUUCCUGGUUGUACUCACGCCUCUGGUGUCACGCUCUGCCAUGACAUAGACUUCACCGUACCAUCAGCACCAGUUCAAAGACACGUUCUGGUCAUUUCGGCUCACUUAAGGAGAUUUUCCUCCCUCUGCACUGAUGCAGACAUAGUGGUGGGUGAGCUAAAGCAGCAGAUAAUGUAGCAUACAUCAGCGUGAUUCAAUCCCCAUUCACAAAAAACUCCUGCUCAUGUCAAAGCAGGUGAAACAGAGACUGUAGCCGCCAAGCUAACGGUCUGAUUUUAUAGCUAACGACGUCUGCAUGCUAACGUUACAGCUACUGGAUGUAGAUCAGUGGAAAAGAGUUGACUGAAGGAGAAAUCGAUUGUGCUCAGGCUAAUUGUAGUUCGAUGAAAAUAAAAGUGUUUCUUUAUUAUUGUGUCUGCAGGGUUUGUAAGAUGAGCCAAACUGGAUAAACAGAAGCGUGUCUUUAAUCGCUGUUUGACCUUUAAGCUGAAAACGAGCAGCACCUCCUGUCUCCGCCCGUCUGCUGCACAUCCUGCUGGCUAAACAGGUUUUAAUAUUCAGCCCGUCUCCACCGAACACCGAGCUCUCCGACUGCAAUUUCUUUGACAUAAAAAAAAACUCCAGGGCUUCAACAUUUCCUCGUUUAAAACCAAAGACCAAAUCAAACCUUCAGAAAUUAAUUAGUUCUUCUGAAACAACUUCAGCAAACAGCCAGCGAGCUGUUGUUUUUGUUUGUAUUCCAAUCGCUGGAUUCAAGGCGAAAUCCCGGUUUUUCGGUGACUUUUACUUUUUAUUUUUUGUCUUGAGUCACCCGCUCAGUGAUUGGAGAAUAAUAAUAAUAGAGUAGCUGCUUCUGAUUCUCAGAAUAUGAUGGAUAAUCAAACUGAUAAUUAAACUUCCAGAUGAUUCCAGCAGCUGUGUGACAGCAGAGAUCAUUUUUUUUACUGAUCUGCACUUUCACUGAAAGUUUAGAUGUUAUUAAACGACAGUUAGAUCAGACCAAGUAAUCUGAUUGGACGACAGGCACUCCAUUAUCGUGCAAAAUGUCACUGAGAUGUUUCACUCCACCUCAGCCAGGUGCUCUGAUACAUUUAUCAGCGUGCUCAACGAUAACUCCGCCCCCUGAACCUGUAUCACCCUCUCCACGACACCCCCCCUCUGGCAGAGCAAGAAGCCACCGGCAGAAGAUCCGACGCUAGCUUCCAAUAGGAUCCACCAUGUCGGAUUGUUAGUGACUAGCGGCAGUAAACGCCAGCUCUGCUAGCGAGCGCCGUCCAGAGACUAAUAAGAGUUAUUUAUGUAACAUGAGCCACCAUAAAAGGAGAUAAAAAUUACCUGUUUAACUAAAACUCUGCUGUCUCAGCGUCUGUUUUCAGGACCAAAUCCUGGCAGAGCUUUCUCCACCGCUCCAAGGAUGAUCCCGAUGUUUAUUCGAGCGUGUUUUUUUUGCGUCCUUCUCCAUCACAGCUCCUGUAGCUAAGCUGCUACGCUACUUUUAGCCGCUCAGAGCUCCGAGGAGGACCGGGAGAGUGGGAGGGGACGAGUCGAAAUUACGGGAGAGGGGUGUGUCGAAUACAGGGAGGUGAUUGGAUGGAGAGGCGGAGCAGGAGAUUGACCAAUAGGAGCUGUCUGGGACGGAUGGCUCCCAUUGGUCAAAGUCUUUGCAGCCUUGCACCUGAUAGGAUGAACGGAUUUUUUCCAUUCUUUUUUCUCUUCACUUGGAGAUCGCUCUAUAGGACCAUGGUCGCCAUAGAAACAAAGUUCAUAACAAUUACCAAUCUCUAAAAUCCUCAACCAUGACUUUAACCAGAAUAUCUUACUGCGUUAAACGGUAGCCAGCUUAGUUAACUAAUACUCACUCGCAUGGUUGUUAAUACAACCAUACGGUCAGCAAAACCCCAUUGGAAGGCACCAAUACACCUUAAACUGUGACAUAGAAUGUUGGGGUUGCUCGGCAACAGCCUUGUGUGACUCAGGUUCCGGAACCCCGUUUGAAUGAGGUUCCAAGACAGCUCUGUUGGUGGAGAUCAAUGGGUAUAAUCAAUCAAUAUUUCAGUUAGACUUUAUUUAUAAAGUUCUUUUUUUAACCCAGUAUUUUUUGGCACUAGUUUGUGAUCCAGUGGACAUCAGCUCUGCUGUGAUUGAGUAAUGAGUGUCAUCACUUUCUCUCUCAGGUGAAACUGUUUAAAUCAAUUGUACUCUGAUGAUCCUCCUCAUUAUUUAGAGGAGACAAACGUCCCUCAAAUCAUUACCGAACAGCCACGGGGGCCCAUAAUGCAGUGCAGUAAAAUAACAGUUUGAGGUUUGUAUCAAGGUCGACUCACCUGUGGAGACUCUCACUCUGCUGCUGCUGCUGCUGAUCUCUUUUUCUCUAUCCACAUUUAAAAUCCACGGCUGAAAAGAGCAAGGUCACAGCUCUCUAUGUGACAGGUUGUUGAAAGGCAUUCUGGGAAUAGUAGGAAAUCCAUGAGUAAAGAUGGAGCUUUUGGGGCUGAAAAAGCUCGCAUGUUGGUGUAGUUUGGGAUGUUUGUGUUCAUGGAGCGUUCUCGUCUUUUACGUGUUUCAAACAGUCGGUGACGGUGAAUGAUCAGAGGAAGUCUGGUCGUGUCGACAGACCAUGAACAGGUGGACGGACCAGCAGAGCUCCCGCCUCAGCUCUCACCGGAGGUCAGCGGUCGGCCAGCGUUGCAGAUUUUUUCGGAAAUCCAAUUGGUUCUUGCCUGUGCCAGACCAGAUCAAUCAAUCCCAGAGAGCGGUAAUUGAAUUGGUUCCAAAUGGUCACUCAGUUCAGGUGGUCUGACUGUUAGCAGUGUGCGCUAAUAAUCAGCCCGAGUGGCUAACUGGCAGCUUCGAUGAGGAUCAAUCCGCUGAAUCAUUCAGAAUUUGUGUGUGUGUGUGUGUGUGUGUGUGUGUGUGUGUGUGUGUGUGUGUGUGUGUGUGUGUGUGUGUGUGUGUGUUCAGGAGGCUUUGCUCGGCUGUUCAUUCAUAAAUGAAGUGACUGAAUGAUUAUUGCUCUUACUUUUCAUUUUAAUUUCGAGGCCUGUCAGUCAGACGCUCUUUAGCUGACGGUUCCCCGGGGUAACGGGUGGAUGGCAGCCAUGUUGGAAGAGUGACGAUGAAAAGAAAAUGUCAGCUUCGUCAGCAGCUUUGACAUCUUUAUACUCGGUGGAUAUCUUUGAACCCAAACAUCAACAGGUACUUUUCAUUGUAUUUAUCACACAGACUUCAACUGUCUGGGUGGCUAAACCAACGCUGCGCUGAAAUGAAGGUUUCUUUUUAGAGAGACGUCAAAGAGGCGUGGACGCUGACCUGGCUGUUCAGACCAGGUCAAAGGCCAUAUCUGCUGAAAAUUCAGAGUCUGAAGAGAUCAUAAAUAAUAUUUUAGAAGUCGUAGGUGAAUGUGUGCUCUAAAUUAGCUGAACUCCAUCAAAGUUAAUGGUGUGUAGCGCAGCAUGCUAACAGGUGUUAUGUUGAGUUGUGCUUCCUUACAAACAAUGCUUCCACAAGUUAAAUACAGACCAGAUUCUUCGAAGGACUCUGUGUUUAUGAGCGUUAAAUUUAGUCAGUUAUCGUGCUCUUAUAUCGUCCAAUCAUUGAUCAGGAACUUUGGAGUGCUUUGUUGUCAGAUGUCCUUAGAAGUUCGUAGGAUUUUUCCUCCCAUCUUGUCGCCUACUUACACUCGUUUUUUCUUGGGAACGGUACCCUAACCUUUUCUAACAUACAGGCUACAGGUUGUAACGGUGCACUAAAUUUUGAGAUUUUAGCUGCUAGCGGUAACUUUUUUCGCCUUUUAAUGAAAUCACUAAUAGCUCGUUAAUUUUGCAACUCACAAACCGUGCUAACCUGCUUUUCCGAGCAGGUUAGCCGGAGGUAGAGGAGAUUUUUAUCAGCUGCUUGUUUAAUGUCUUUGCAUGUAAGUAUAAGUAUGAUGGAGGACUACUCUGAUUAUUGGGUGAUAGUUUAAUUGUUUUUUGUGAGUAUGGUCCUCAUGUUUAGGAGUCUGGACUUGUAAUGAUCUGUAGAUACAUCAGACUCGUGGAGAGAACAGAGGAGGAGGCUGGAAACGGCCGGAUUGGGUCCCAUGUAGGAACAAUAAGAUGCUUUAUUGGUGUUUGUUUUGGACUGCGAAACAAUUUGAACCUCUUCGAUUUUUCAUCUUGUACUGUGAAACAAAAACAACCCGCAAUAAAAAAAAAAGAAAGAGCAGCCCGGUCCAAAGUGAGGAGAUAUUAACAAUCACAGCAGCAGCAGCAGCAGCAGCAGCAGCAGCAGCAGCAGCAUUGGCACACAGGAACAGGCUCGCGGGUUGGAAGAGCAAUCUGGAGGAAGGUUUCUGCAUUUUUUGAGCUCAGAAGUUUGUAAAUCACAUUCAAGGCAUAAAAGUCGGCUGCUGUUUUUGCAGAACUAGAAAUCUGAGAGGCGCUCGUAUUUCACCUCGCUCCUUUAGUGAGUUUCUUUUUCACUAAAAAGGUGAUAAAACACGAGUCGAUUUUAGAAUAUGGAACAUGAUUUCAGACGUAACAUGACGACUUUAUAUCCAGUCAGAAGAGAAAACAUCAUCUUUACAAGCUCUUCUGUAGAUACAGGAAACAAAUUUCAAAGUUUUAAUCAUGAGAAUUUGAUUUUUUUGAUCAUUUCUUGACUCAGACAAAGAUGGCGACAGAAAAUGCGCGUCCCUGUCUGGUUAAGGAUUCAGCCUUUUCCUCUCCUGUCCUCCCAGCUGACCACUCUUCCCUGUAUUUCUUAUUUUCUACUGUCAGGGUUGUCGAGUUGGAGCCGUUUUGUCUAACAAGGCUGCAGAAGUUUCCCGGUUUCUCAGCCUUCAUUUUGCCCUCAGGGUCUGGUCCAGCAGCCUGCAGGGGAAUAAGUGAGAGAUUCAUAAAAGUCAGACAGAAACACAGACGGAGAGGUGGACAGUGAGGUGAAAUGGUAUAAGAGCAGACAGACGCUCAUGUACGAACAAAAUACCCCUCUCUUUUUGGUCUCUGUAGUCCACCUUAACCAGCCUCUCAGAAACACUUCCAACAGUCUGAAGAUAAUUGGACAGGAGAAAAUGUUCGAGCCCGUCUGUAAUUAUCGCCUGCGGUUAAAUGUGCAAAGAAUUAAGUUGCUUUAUGGUGUUUUAUCCAGGAGACGGCGCUAUAAUCUGGCUGAAGCAUCAUUAUCCAUUUGUAUUAAAAGCUUCGACUUCAGUGUGCAGAGAGUCCAUAUCUCACGGCUGCUCCACAGCUGCAUGGAAUAUUCACAUUGUGGAAUUUGAGGUAUCUUUGAUGACCUUUAGAGAGGCGUUCACUCUCGGUUAAACUGUGACGGUUUUUCCUUUUAAAAAUGAAAAGGAGACAGGAAGAAAGGAGCGAGGCGUUUGAUGGUCUCAGAAGUCUAACCUUUUGUCUUUAACCUUUUUUUUUUUUUUUAAUGUAAAUGCUUUGAGGACCAAAGUUAAUCUUCAAACAUGCAGACCUGGAGUGAAGAAUGAAAGCAGCCUCUCUGACAGUCAGACUCUGGUAUUAAGCGUUGGUCCGGUUGUGAGGACGGCGUGCCCUGAGUUUAGCCUGUCGGUGUGAGUACCACUCUCCUCUCACUGAGCUCCUUGACUCCAAUAGUUCAUUUCUGUUAUUGUGCAGGUUUAGUUCAGGUUGAAGGUUAGACGUGGUUUGCUGGUGUUUGAGGGUUCGAGGAAAAACUGCUCUGGAAAGAGGCUCAAAGGGAAAAAAAACGAUUUUGAAUGAAAAUCGGACGAGUAUUCUCUGCAGCUCAUUCACAAACAUUUGAUGGUUAUUCUUUCAACACUGAGAAAAUAUCGGUUUAGAGUGAACACAUGACCUGUGCUGAUUACAUGAUAGUCUUGACAGAGUGACUGAAACCUUCAGACCUGUCUGCUGCUGUUGUUCCUGUAACAAUCGGUUCUUUAGUCGACUGCUCAAAGACAACCGGAGACAUCUUCAGUUCUCAGAUAUCACAGUUUUUUUUAGGUUGCAUGGAAGGUAAUUCAGCGCUGGACUCCCAGUGACAGAGCUCCAACCCACUGAGCAUUUUUGGGUCUAAAAGACGUCUAAAUGUAGCCGAGACGACUGGUCUAAAAUCAGACUACCACAGGUCGAAAAGUGAAUUUUUUUAGACGUCUAAAUUUAGACCAAGUUUAGACUAACCAGCUUUACUAUUCUACACUGUACAUCGCUCAGUGGCUAUUAUAAUAAUUUUGGUUAAGUACUUGGAGAUCAGUUAUAAACUCAGAGUUGCUUUUUGAAAUGAAUAGUCAUCGAACAAUGGGUUAAAGUGCAACGUCUAAAUUCAGUCUAAAAAUAUACAGAAUCUAGACGUUGAAAUUAGGUAAAAAAAACUAGACGUCUAAUAGACGUCUAUUUCUCAGUGGGUAGGAUCUCCAUCACAUUUAUCUUCUUGGGCAGACGUUGGACUUAAACACAACCGAGUAUCAUUGGCCAGUUAUCUCCAACGUGAACAGGCCAACCACUGUUCACACGGUCUUACUAAAAUGUGAUCUAAAAUAUUAAUGUGUGUAACUACUGACGCAGACCUGUCCAACAGAACAAAGAGAGCCUGUAGCUCAGGGGUGUCAAAGUCAAAUGGACGGCGGGCCAAAUAAAAAAUUUAGCUACAAGCCGAGGGCCGGACUGAUCGAAUGUUCAUUGAAAAUUUUUUAAAUGACGCAUAUAGUCUAGUGAACCUAAUUGAACCUACUGAAAACCUAACAAAUAUAUUCCAGUAUGAUCAGAUAAAUAAAGCAAUAUUUUCUUAUGGCUCUGUCAGUAACCUUUAAUUUUCAACAGACACAAAAGACAAAUUUCCUUUAUAUAAAAAUCCCCAUAACAUGAACAUUAAAUGAAAGAAACCCGUAUUAUUCAAGGCACCAUCAGUAGCCUAUAUUUUCUAUUUUGGCAAAAGUGGGCUAAAUUUACUUCAAAGAAAAAAAUAAUAAUAGCAAUUUUCUAUCAUCCACUCAACUGAAAUAUUUUUAAAAUAUCGUUUUAAUUCCUCGGCCUUCUGUAGCCUUUGUUUCAUGUCCAUAUUCUUGUUUUUGUCCGCGUGUUUCAUUUCAUAAUGUCGUCUCGGAUUAUACUCUUUCAGUACCGCCACACUUUCUCCACACAGAAGACACACAGGUCCGUGAACAUAUACUCCGACUCCCACCUUGUUUGAAACCCCCGGUUCUCAGUGUCCACCUUCCGUUUUGCCAUUUUUGAUGGGUAUCUGAAAGUUAAUUUUACUGUUAUGCUGACGACUGCUGUGCUAAUAAAUAUUGAAGUGAAGCAGCCUACUGCUCGGUGCGUCACCGUUGCAUUGUGGGAAAUGUAGUAUUGGUGCGUGUAAAAGAUCUGCGGGCUGCCGGCUUGCUGCGGUCUGCGGGCCGCUUCUAAUAAUAAAUCAAGAUCAUCCCAGGGGCCGUAAAAAACCUUCUCUUGACUCUGACAUAUGUGCUGUAGCUCAUCAGGUUCCUCCUUAUCAACCUGUGAGUAAACGGAAACAUUCAGUAAGUUUCAUUAGUUCAGUGAAAAAGUACAAAUCGAACCUUAACAAAGUCAAAGACAGUUACAACACCGCAGUCGUCUUAUGUUUGAGUUGUAACUUCUCUUCUUGUCGUGGCUGCAGGUGAGGAGGCGAGGCGCUGAAUUUCAAAGUCAGACUCUUAAAGAAUUUAAAGGUCCGCAGUUAUGAAUGUACAUGAGUUAAUGUAAAAUUUAAUGAGGUUAUUGAUUAGGAAUAAAAUAAACGCCUGAAGGGAAGUUUUGAUGAUCCGUCUGUCUGUGUCUGUGUGUGUCUGUGUGUGCCUGUGUGUGUCUGUGUGUGUCUGUCUGUCUCCUCCUCCGUCUGUGUCUAUGACUGAUGUUCUGACUCUCUGUAUGCUCUCCUGUCUGUCGGUCCGUCACACUCUCUCUGAAUAAUUCACUACAGCCCUUGAGGGAGCCGUCAAUCAAACUUCCGAGUGUGUGUGUGUGUGUGUGUGUGUGUGUGUGUGUGUGUGUGUGUGUGUGUGUGUGUGUGUGUGUGUGUGUAUAUUUGUGUGUGUGUUUGGUACGUGUGAAGGAAUGCAGCAUUUCCUGCGAGCUGCCCCUGUCAUCUGAUCACCCGCUCUCUCUCUCUCUCUCUCUCUCUCUCUCUCUCUCUCUCUCUCUCUCUCUCUCUCUCUCUCUCUCUCUCUCUCUCUCUCUCUCUCUCUCUCUCUCUUCUGCGUCUCAUCUUUAACCUAAAACCAGCUCAGCAGGAGGUCCAGGGUUGUUGGUGUUUGAGAGUUUGGAGCGUCUGCUGCAUGUGUCUCCUCGACACCCUCUCAACAUGUGUGAGCGUGUGUGCGUGUGCGUGUGAGCGUGUGUGUGUGUGUGCUGUAAAUAGGGCAGCACAUGCCGUCUGCACAUGCACAGCUGUGCAGCACUGAUGCAUGUUAUUAGCAUGUGCCCUGCAGGUGGACACACUCACAUAUUGCAGUCUGUGUCUUUGUACAGAUAAUGCGUUCACAGACUCUGCACACACACGCUAAAAGCUGCAGUUAGCGUCCCGUCAUCCCUGCGCUUGUGAAUUAACACAUUUUGACUCUUUAAACAACAACAUUAAAUAUAGAUUCACUCCCAAACCGCGGCCCACACACGCUCAUUUAUUCAUCGGGAAAUAACUGGCUGCUUUCACUUUGUUAAGUCUUGUUGCGUAAUGUAUCGUCAGUUAUUUGUUGUGUAAUUGUGACACGCGGCGUAAUUUCGGUGACCUCUGACCCCGCUCCACUGAAACAGCUGUCAGCCCUGGAGAAACCAAACGGCUCACUUCUGUGACCGAUUAAUUAAACACAAACAAGAUGUCAAAUAACAACACAUUAGAGCAGGAGGGGGGGAGUUAAAGACGAAUAAUCUGUGGAUGUAAAACGACCCGCAGGAAUAAAAUGUGUUUUCUAACAUGAUCACGUUUGUUUAUAAGUUUAUUCUAUAGAGAACUGAAGGGCAGGAAUAAAGGAGGAAGUGAUUCUCAGCUUCUUACAGAAACUUUAGCUUCCUCGCUAACAAUCUGCUGUGUUAUUUUAGGUUCAGUCUCAGAUUUUAGAUGAAUUAAUCUGUAGUUUUUGCUCUUAUUUUGGUCUUUUUUACCCUCGAUAGAUGCUGAGCUGUCAAAGGUAACAACAGCAAAAAAAGAAUUAAAAAAAAAGCCAAACAGCAAAUAUUAAACGAACAUCAACUGGUUGUGUUUUUGUCAUGGCCUGUUGGAAAAAUAUGACAGAUUUUAAAUGUCUGAUUGUCCAAAUUAAAGGGAUAUUCCGGCGUAGAAUUAAGUUAGGGUCAAACACACUGUAACACCGAGUUAGACACGCCCUCAAAAGAUGACCUCAAUAGUGAGACCUCAGGCCAGUCCAUUAUGGACUACAGCGGGGUGCCGCAGCUCAAGGAAGAACAUUUAUGAUCAUUUCUUCAUCAUUCCCUUGAAGUAAUAAUCACCAUAUUAAUCAUUUUACAGACGCGGUAGUUCUUCUGUCUUAGCGUCUCUGUCUGAUUGUAUUUCCAUGAAGAAAUGAUCAUAAAUGUUCUUCCUUGAGCUGUGUCACCCCGCUGUAGUCCAUAAUGGACUGGCCUGAGGUCUCCCUACAAACAAGCGUCUGCUGGAAGAGAGUAGGUGAGUUGUGUUUAGUCUCUUUGCUAAAGAAAUGAGUCAAAGUUAAAAAGAUGUUUGGUGUCUAGUACUAUGGCUGUGACCCUAUAUGUCCUGUUGAUGAAGUUAGGUGCUGUUCUGAGCAUUAUUUGUGGUUAUAGAGUGGCGUUUUGGUUGGGGGCGUGGCUCUCUGUAAGUCCUCACAAAGCCGUCUGAGGUGUCCCGGCGGUCUCAGGUUGUUGUGAACUUCCUCUAUUUGGAGUACGUCUUUAAACUCAGACUGUAACCCUUUCAGGAGGAGAUAUAAGAUAUCAAGAUUUUGUUCCGUUUGACCACCAGCUGUGAAAUAUCCACUCACCAGUGUGGGAUCACUCCACAGUCAUGUUCAGUAGAUGCUAAAGUCUGCAGCUGCACAUAUAGAUGGUGAGGAAGGAGCACGGGGCCUCAGGAGGGAGGCGGCGGCUCCUCUCAUGAGUCCACCCGUAAAAAUCCUCCAUUCAGCCGCAGAGACGUUAAAAUACAGACUGCUUUUCCCGAUCCAUCAGCUGAUAAUGAUCCAAUUCAGAAUGGGAAAGCGGAGAUAUUGUGACUGAGCGGUUAAUUUGGAGCAAAGGGCUGUAAAACAAGAUGACUUUGUGGGUCCCUGAGGAGAAACUGGGUCAUUACUGCAGCUCUGAGGCUGCGAGCGAGCCGCGAGGACGCUCGCUGUUCAGGAGGAGGAGGAGGAAAACUCUGCUGAGGAGGAGUUUUUCAUUCAACGCCGGGCUGGAAUCAGACACAACGAGAGGACAUUAUUCCAAAUAUUUGUACCAAUCAUCUCUGCGUUUAUCCGUCCACCAUGAUCCUUACAUCAGCCUCUUUAAGGUUAGGGGAGAUGAUGGAUGUGAUUACAGACUGUCUGCUGCUGACGUGUGUCUUAUUUAUUGUAAACAGCUGUGUGACCCAGUUAAAACUGAUGAAUACAUCCUGCAUGUCCUCCACACCUCUUAGAAACAACUCUUUCCCUCAACACGGAGCUCCAUCUGCAGCAGUUUCACUUAUUAAACAGGUAAAAAACGACCUUCAUUACCAACUUAAACCUGUAGUUAGUCUGGAUCGAACAUUUAUGCAUGGUCUGAUAUUUCUUUAGAUCGGUUUAUCCAAAGGUUUAAACUCCCCUUGUUCAGUUUGGGUCCUGAAUCAAAUUCUUGACCUAGAUGUAUUUUUCAAAUCUGUAAUCCCAGCCUUGCACACCGAGUUCAAUGAGUUUAUUUUUGUAUUUGCUGCAAAAAUCCUCAGAAGAACAAAUAAAUGAAUUCAUCAAGCAGUGAGGGAAAUUUCCUCGUUCUUUCGCUCAAUGAAAAGAGAAGAAAAAACCCUGAAACACAAAGUUCAUUCACUCCUGAAGUCAAGAGUUUGACCUGCUGAUAAACGGGUUGAUCGUGUCCAGGUGGUCCAGUUUGAAAAUGUUCUGAAACCACAAAAUAAAGACAGCCAAUUUAUGCAAAGGAACUGAUCUUAACCAGCCAAGAAACAGCCGCAUGUUUGAGGUCAGGUUCGCACAAAUCGAUCAGGAGAAGAGUCUCAAAUUUCCGGACUCAGCCCGUCCUCCUGAGUCUAACGAGAGAGAGAGAGAGAGAGACUCAACGCUGUGAGGGACGAGUGAGUGAUCAACUUUGGAAAACAUCAGAGCUAUCAGAGUUCAUACGCUAGAAUAGGUCUGUUAAAUGAAGCUGAAAUGAAAGUGCUAAAAACUGCAGUUCCUCAAGUGUCCACUAGAGGCUGUCUGCAAAAGCCUAAUAAGCUACAUACACACCUAUUCAAAAAAGCCAAUUUUUACAGUAAGAAUAAGGAAGUUCAGAGAGAGGUCCGUCUGGACGGUUCAUUUCUUUCUCUGCAAACGAGGAACAAAGGAGGAAUUUUUAAAAACACGUUCAUUUUGAAGAUGUCAGGGAUAUUCGGGUGUGAAAUUAAUUCAGGGUCAAACACACCGUAACACCAAGUUAGACACCCCCUCCUAGCAAAGAGACUAAACACAAUUCACCCACUCUCUUGCAGACACACACACUUGGCAGCCGCUUGUUUGUAGCGAGACCUCAGGCCAGUCCAUUACGGACUACAGCGGGGUGCCGCAGCUCAAGGAAGAACAUUUAUGAUCAUUUCUUCAUGGAAAUACAAUCAGACCGAGACAAGUGAUGCUCAAAGUUCUUUUAUGACCUCCGAACGUUUCCUUCUUUUCUCAUUUUGGGAUUUUUUUCAUUUGACCGUUGUUGCCUUCUCGUCCUCCUCCUGGUUUCGGUGCAGAUAAGCUGCAGAAAGCAGCAGAUUGAUGGAUGCAAAGAUGGAGGGAUGGAUGAAGACAGGCAGACAGAUGUAGAGAUAGAUUUAUAGAUGUAGAUUUAUAAGAAAUAGAGUAAUCUGGGACAGAACAUGGACUCAGGCUUGCAGAGAGUUUGUUAGUUUAUCUCUGUGUGCGCUCCAGUGGUGCAUGUUAUUAGCGUGUACCCUGCAGGUGUACACACACACUCACACACACACACACACACUCUUUGGGUCCCUCUUCCUUUGGUUCAUACAAACACAUUCAGACACGUUCUCCUCGACUGUGUGAACUUUGUGUUUGAGGCCCAGAGGAAGAGUCGGAUCACUCUGGAUUCUGGUUUUCUCUCUCUGAGCUCUCUGAACUCACACGAGCUCUGAUCUGUCUCUCUGGAUUUUCCUUUGUGUGUGUGUGUGUGUGUGUGUGUGCGCACGGAGCUGUGUGUGUGUGUUAUGAGAAGAAGGAAACCCCUCACUCACUUUUAAAGACACAGGGGCCGUUUGAGGGUCUGCAGGAAAUUCAGAGUUCUUCUCGGGAUUUCAGACUCACUAUUUCUAUGGAGUUUUGAUUUUUCUUUUGUUUGAUUGUCCUGAUCAGUGACGUACGUAAAGAUGGAUGAUGAAAAGAUGGAUCUUUGUUUAAAUAAUAUUCAAAUCUUCAUGUUUUUGUUAUUAAAGCUCCUGUUGGGACUUUUUAUGAUCAACAAAAACAAAGGAGACGAUCAGCAGAAGAGCGACAGCGUCUAACCCGGAAUUUCCACCACAUCCAGAACAGCUCCGAUCCGGAACGGCUGUGAUUUUCACCGUACGCCAAUUCCUAAUGGAACCAUUUGGUAGGCGAAUUUCGUGGCAGAUUAGGAACAGCAGGAAUCGCAAGAACUCACAAGAAACCACAGAAAUUGACACGUUAACUUGAAUGGUUACGAUGAGCUACGAUUGGCGGAUACAGUCUUUUCGUAGCCGUUCCAGAUGCGGUGGAAAUUGAGUGUAAGUAAAACAGCGGCGGUUUUAUUCCAAGUUUAAUUGGAUAAAAAAAAAUCCUGGAGAAAAGGGGAGUUUUCCUUCAGAGAGCCUGGGAUGAAAUCCUGCCCAAAACUGAGGAGUUCAAGUAUUUUAGGGUCUUGUUUGAUACCCGUCGAUCUGCGUUCCCACCUUCACCUGAGGUCAUGAGUUGUGGGUAGUGACCUAAAGGAUCGCAGGUACGAGCGGCCGAAAUGAGUUUCCUCACAUCGAAGCUCGGUCAUCUGGGAGGGGUUCAGAGUAGAGUUAGAUGAGAUGGUUUUUGGGCAUCGUAUCAGGAUUUCCUUAAGACGCCUCACUGGUGAGUUGUCCAGGACCCGUCUCAACAGCAGGAGACCACAGCGAAGACCCAGGACAUGCUGGGUCCUCACGAUGUCUCUCAGUUGGCUUGGGAAUGCCUCAGGGUCCCUCGUGAAGACCUGGAUAAAGUGGUCUGGGAGAGUAAAGUCUGGGCUUCCAUGAGGAGAUGUGUUUUUGAGGGAAACCUGGUUUGUCUGACGCCAAAACACCUGAAGUCUGUUUGAGAAUAAACCCGUUCCUAGUGGAUCCUCUGUGGGGUAAAUCUCCAGACCUCCUGAACUCUUAAACCACAGAACAUCAUAUUUAAAUUCAAGAUGUAAAUCAUUAAAUAUUUUAACUUCUGGGGAGAUUUCUCUCCUUCAAACAGUCGUCUGAAGUUUCCUUUUGACAGGGGAAGUCAAGUACAUAAUACAUUCGCCUUACAAGUGAUUAAACAUGUGAGAACACUGUUGCUAUGCAACUGAAACAUGGAAGUCAAAAGACUCCCCUGUGUUCCUCUCUCCGAAAAAGUGUUUUUUUUUUCUCUGUCUUUUCUUGUUUUUAGUAAAGAGAGUCGACGAGAAGGGGAACUUCCAUGAACCUGCCAUUUAUUUUUAAUUCUGGAUUUUCUGCCUCCGGCUACACCUCUUUGUUUCUCAGCCCGCUUCACUCUGGAGACUCGCUGCUGAUGCCUUCACGUCAUAAAGACUUACUACGACUACAUCUUCCUCGCCGAAUCUGAUGCAGUUCAACACAAUAGAUGGUAACGUUCAAGGCCGACGGGGGAAUUACGUUUUUAUUUUUCAAGAUUCUUACGAACCUGAAUGAAGCGGUUUCCUGUUUCUACAGCCUGCGGGAACAGAGCGACUCUGAUGUCUCCAUCUGGACUCACUCACUCCCCCUUUAGCUCUGGUCUUCAUUAGAGUUUCAAACUUUGCAGAACUCAAAUGCUCUGCUCGUUGUUUCUGCAAGUUUUCUUGUUGUUUCUGAUUCAGGGUCCAAAGCGUCAGGCCAUAUUUCAUAAUUUGUGAACUGAGCUGUUAGCUGAUUUGUAGCCUGGCAACAGUGGAAGAGGCUUCUGGAAAGCGGUUUUAUUGGAGGGAAGUUGGCUCAGAAGGAGGCGGGGCUUAAAUGAAAGAUAAGGCUGCACGAAACACUGGAUUAUUUGAUUAAGACGAUGUUAAAAAAAUUAAAAUCAAAUAAUUUUCCUCUCUAUCAUGUCUCGUGCCUCCAGGCCACCGUAGGCUCCUCCCCCUUUCUGCCGGAGCACUCCCCAGUUCCCACACACACCAGUGUAAACAAACAUGGCGUUUGCAAAAGAAGGCGAUAAUUUCGUGGUUAAAUAGGACAAGAGCGAGUCAGUUGCGUUGAAUUGGUACGACUUCGCAGUUUCGGACGAACAGCAAACCACUCCCCGCCCCAAAGUCUGUCUGACGGCGGUAUCAACCCGUCACCACGGAAACUAAUUCAGGAGUAAAGGCUUGAGUUUUUUUGUCGUAUUGGCGUUUCAUCCACAUUGAAACGGCGUUUCAGGUGACUGUAAACGGUAAUUUUUCGAAACAGGACAGAGAGUGAAUAAAUCUGUAAACGACGACCAUUUCAUUCAUUGUCCGGCCAAAACUACCUUUAUACACAUGCUCUGUACUCUUCUUCUGUCUUUUGUGCAUUUCCUGUGCAGCGUUACAGCGCCACUGACUGACUUGGCAUAUGCACUACAUCGUUUUCAGUGAUUUUGUUUUGUUUGAUAGAAAAACUUGGAAAGUAUAAAGUUUCAAAACAAUCACAGUACUUCUCUCUAAAGGGCCGAUUUCACCCGGUAAUUCAAUGAAAAAAUAAUACGCUAAACACAGUAAAAACAAGAAAAUGUGACAUUCUUGGGAGCAGAUGUCCCUCCUUUGCAGCUCUAUGUAAAAUAGACAAUAAUAGUUAUUAACAUGAAUCAUACAGAGAGUAAAUAGUUAAUGAACUGUUUUUAUUUUCGUGAGAAGAUGUCCGGACAAUAAAGCAAAUGAUCUCUUGUGUUAUUGGUACCAUGUCCUGUGAAAGGCGUCUACACCAGCUGAUAAGUUGCGUAAGACUCUCAGCCUGCUGUGUCCUUCUUUGUGUAACAGUGUAAUAUACAGAAAUCUAACGGCGCCCUGCAGCCUGUUAACCUGCAGAACCUCGAACCGUCGAUUAAACGGCACUCGCUCAUGUUCCUCAAAUAAAAUACGAGGGGUCUGAUGUAACGCGGCGAGCUGGACUCUUCGGGUUUUAGAUACUGACUCCAGGGUUCAGUCCUGAGAUUAUUCUUCACCAGAUAACCAGACGAAUGUGUAGAUUUGUGGUCUGAUUUUGCAGGACUCUAAAAGAUUUAAGGAAAGAGAGUUUAAUUUCCCUCAAGGACUCGCCGUAGGACAUGAAUCAGGGUUGUUAUCCUGCUGUAGACGAGUAUCAAUGGAGGUUUUUAAGUUUUAAUUCCAGGCAGCUCCCAUUUGUGUUAAUUAUUAUUGCCUCAUGUAUCAGAGUUAUCCAUAUUCUAUAGACUAGGAUGGACUUUCUGCUUUGUUAUUCUUUUUUCAGGCCUAUCUGAGUGGAUGUGAAACCAGAAAUGCAGGCAGCAGCUUCGAAGCAUAAAUUAAACACCACAAUAAUAGGAGGAGGAGGAGGAGGAGGAGGAGGAGGAGGAGGAGGUGGUAAAGUCAGCGUGUCGUAUGUAAACAGGUGCAGAUAUUUCAGCCCGCAGUCAUGUAAGCUGUGUGUUUUCCUGUUUGUGACGGUGAUUUACACUCACGUCUGCUCGGCGCUCGCCUCUUUGAUUUAUCAGGCCUCAUCUCUCACUGCACUCAGCAGCAUUUCCUCUGCUGCGCGGAGCGAAAAAAAAGGGAGGUUACGUGAAGUUUUGAGAGGGUUUCUCUUCAUAUUUCCCUUUUUUAUAAAAAGUGCAUGAAGAGUUGACUAAAUCAUACGUCUUUGUUGUGUUUACCUCCGUUAAUUAAUGCGCCACCUCAUGAGUUGAACAUAUUAUGCUGACAAUAUAGUGUUUUCCUGUUGGUGCAGCAGAUUUAAGCGCAUUUUAAGACGUUUCUGUACUAAUAAUAACAUUUUUAGAGCGUCACGCAGCCUCAGUGUGGGCUGAGAUUUUCUGCUUCCCGUCUCUGUUGUUUAGACUCAUAAAGGACGAGUCCAGCCCUCCUCUACUGUCAAUCAAAGAGGCUGCAGAUUGGACAUCCUGACAUGCAGACAAUAACAUCAAAUCUGACAUUUUCCCUCUCUCUCUCGCUAUCUUUCACCUCACCCUCCCUCUCCACUUCUCUCUUUGUUCCCCGGAGUUUUGAGAGCGAGGGAAAGAGAAAGGGAGAGAUGUCGGGUAUUGACUGACAAAAUGCUUGUGCCGAGAUGUCCUCUGGAGGAAACAUCUGUGAGUGUGCGUCUGUGAGAAGUUUGAGAAGUAAGUGAGAGGAGGAGGGGUAUAGAAAGAGAAAAAAGCUCCUAAUCAUGAAUGAAACAAUUUAAAGAACUUGAAAGAGGAAGUAAAGGAUGAGAAACAAAAGGCAGGGACCUGGACGUUUGAUGUUUUUGUGAGGAAAAGUUCGAUUAAAAAAGUGUUUCAUUACUGCGGAAAGAAAACAGGGAGAAAAGGCAAAAGAGUAAUGAGUCUGCAGGAAAGACGAGGGUCCUUAAAGUGAGAGCUGAACCUCUGAUGCAUAUUCAUCUCUGUCUCUUCGUCUCUCUGAGGAUUUAAAGAAAAAUGGAUAUGAGGUUCGACUUUCUCACUUCAAACCUGACAAAUCAUGACGCCGUCUUUACGCCUGUACAGGUUUAGGUGUAAAGCAACGAUAACAUAUUAACUAUGCUAAAGCGAAGGCAGGAAGAGCAGCAGCAAAGACCCCCUGACUAUAAAACCUGAAUUAUCCCACUAAAUAAACUCUUGUUUGCCUAAUUUAACCAUGUUAAGAUUAUGUUCUCCAAAACAGGAACACUUCUGUUAGAGUAAGUUAUAAAUAAUGCUAAAUGCUAAUGCUAAAGUGACAGCAGGGAGAGUAGUAGCAAAGACCUUCCACCUAUAAAACCUGAACUUUCCCUUUAAAUAAAUUUUAAUAAUAAUAAUACAUUUUAUUUGUAAAGCGCUUUUCAAAAACACAAAAACGCUGAAAUUUUGUUUAUGUAGUGCAACUAUAACAAGAUUAUGUUCUCCAAAACAUGAACACUUUUGAUUGAGUCAGUUAUAAAUAAAGCUAAAUGCUAAUGCUAAAGUGACAGCAGGGAGAGUAGUAUCAAAGACCCCCGCCUAUAAAACCUGAACUUUCCCUUUAAAUAUAUUUUGUUUAUGUAGUGCAACUAUAACAAGAUUAUCUUCUCCAAAACAUGAACACUUUUGAUUGAGUCAGUUAUAAAUAAAGCUAAAUGCUAAUGCUAAAGCGAAGGCAGGGAGAGCAGCAGCAAAGACCCCCACCUAUGAAACCUGAUCUGUCCCUUUUAAAUGAUCUACUCUGAUUAUUAACACCAUCUUUAAGUCUGUUUUUCUUCUUUUGCCCUUUUUUUUAUUCCCUGUCUUCUCUUCAGGGACAACAAACACGGUGAAAAAAGAGGUUUGAGCUCCUCGCUCUUCUCACCUCUCCUCCUCCUCCUCCUCCUCCUCCUCUUCGUCUCUGUUACAUCAAUAUUUCAUAUCUGCUCUUUUUUUUUCUCUGAUUUGUUUUGGUCGUGUUUUUGUCGUGUCUCCUCUUGUUUUUUUUUCUCUUGUCUGCAGGCGCCCUCGCUCUGAAACAAGUUUGAACAGGAGUGUGUGCGUGUGCAUGUGCGUGUGUGUUUAUGUGUGGUUUACAUGCAGCGGUCAGUCCAAAAAAAAGUCAAUUUCAUUUACACACACCUGGAUGCAUAUGUUCAGUGACCCGCAGGGAGCUCAGACCGACGCUCACACUCUCAGGUUAAUGUAAACCUGCUGACCUGUAACUCUGAGAGUCUCAUAAAUACACAACCGCAAACACACACACACACACACACACAACGACCCAAAUCCAAUUAUAAGACAAACAGGUGCUCAAUGAAUCACACACUGCAAGAAAUCAACGAAAACAAGGCAAAAAUAAAGAAAAUGUGAAAUACAGCUGAUGUGAUUUUAAGAGGAGAGUGAGGCAGAAAAUCGAAUAAGAGACAAACAGAAUAUUGAGGCGUAAGAACAGAUGAAAACAUACAAAUACAAAUAACACAAAAGACAAACCUGGAGAGUCAACGCCUUAAAAGAUGUCUGUGCAAGUUUAGUGCUAACUAAUGAACUGAUGCUGAUGAAUUAGAGGCACUUUAAUCUGAAAUAACAGGAGAACAGACAGGUGCAAAAACUCACUGACACAGUUCUGCAGAAGGAGGCUGCACAUAUAUCCAAGUUCAAGUACGUCUUUGCUUUUCAUUUUCAGUCCAGUAGUGUGUUAAAAUAUCGCGUCAGUUUAUUUUUCAACCACCAGAGUAACUUCAGGGUCUCACUCACUUCUCUUCUGUUUGCAGGAUCAUGCAUCUUUGUCAAAACUCGUGCAAACGUCUAAAUUAAGCGCAGUCAUGGUCGUGCUCUGCAGAGAGAAAUAGAAGUUUACAACUUAAGGCCAACCUGGUAUUAAAAUCAGCUAAUUAAAGCAAAAUUUGCAUCAGUAUGGUUAACUUUGUGGUAUUCUGCUGCAGAAAUGGAGAAAAUAAAUGUUGUACACUUAACAAAUAUUUCCUUUCCUUAAUAAAGAGAGCAGAUUUGACAUUUUUAUUUAACUUUUGCUUCUUAAAAACACAUUUUUUAAAACAUUUAAAGCUCCUGUAGGGAACUUUUAGGGUGAGUCAAUCUCUUUUGACACCUACCCCCGUUGCUCUAGUUUCAGACAUAAAAACUCAUAUACUGUUUAUCAUCCGUUUAGUUGCUGAUAGUCUUGGUUGCUUCUAUAUGUCAUAAAAAGGCAUCAGUGUGAAUUUAAGUUUAUUUAAUGAACAUCAAAAAACUCCACACAGGAGCUUUAAAGGGAUAUUCCGGCGUAAAAUCAAACACACCGUAACACUGAGUUAGACUCCCCCUCCAGAGAUGAAUGUUGCCGACCACUUGCUUCUCUAGUUAUACCAACUUUAGUAAGAAUUAGACAAUUCUCUGAAAAUAAAACAAACAAAGCAUCCCUCUCCUGGAAGAUAUUUGUGAGAUAUUCUGCAGACAGAAACAUAAAUCUGUUGUUAAAAUUACUUCUUUGGCUCAUGAAUUUUCGUUUGAUCUUAAAAACACGCACAUUUUCGUUCGCCGUCACCCUUUUGUCUUAAAGUUUGAUUCCACUCUCUGCUUCCUAAUCAAAGCGUCACCAAAUGUCACCCACAUGUAACACCUGCUGCUUUCAUGAGUCAGAUGUGUCACUUCCUUUUAAGCCAGAUCCUCCAAAACAGGCGGCGGUAAGCAAAGUUCUUUUUCUCUCCUCGCUGCAGAAGCUGUUGGUGGAGCUGAACCCCGCUGGGAGGGCACGCUGAAAACGAAACAAAGCUCUCCACAAUUUUCUCUCUCUCCUUCUCCUGCUUCUGUUCUCUUCUUAUACGCGCUCCGUACAAUAAAACUGCUGCUGACAAUACAGCCGGCAGGGAGUCCUCAUGUGGGCAGAGCAAUUAAGAUAGGAAGCCAGGGAUGACGGCGAGCGAGCGAGCGGGCGGGCGAGGACGGGGAAGAGAGGGAGACGGAUGGAGGGAGGAGAGGAGGGGAGACGGAGAGGAGAGGGAAAUAAUUAAGAUAGGGAGUGAAGGAUGGAGGAGAGGAGAGGAGGAAAGAGAAGGGAGUGAAGGAUGGAGGAGAGGAGAGGAGGAAAGAGAAGGGAGUGAAGGAUGGAGGAAAGGAGAGGAGGAAAGAGAAGGGAGUGAAGGAUGGAGGAGAGGAGAGGAGGAAAGAGAAGGGAGUGAAGGAUGGAGGAGAGGAUGAACAGGAGGGAGCGAAGGAUGGAGGGGAGGAGAGGAGGAACAGGAGGGAGCGAAGGAUGGAGGAGAGGAGGAACAGGAGGGAGCGAAGGAUGGAGGAGAGGAGGAACAGGAGGGAGCGAAGGAUGGAGAGGAGAGGAGGAACAGGAGGGAGCGAAGGAUGGAGGAGAGGAGGAACAGGAGGGAGCGAAGGAUGGAGGAGAGGAGAGGAGGAACAGGACGGAGUGAAGGAUGGAGGAGAGGAGGAACAGGAGGGAGUGAAGGAUGGAGGAGAGGAGAGGAGGAACAGGAGGGAGCGAAGGAAGGAUGGAGGAGAGGAGGAACAGGAGGGAGCGAAGGAUGGAGGAGAGGAGAGGAGGAACAGGAGGGAGUGAAGGAUGGAGGAGAGGAGAGGAGAGGAGGAACAGGAGGGAGCGAAGGAUGGAGGAGAGGAGAGGAGGAACAGGAGGGAGUGAAGGAUGGAGGAGAGGAGAGGAGGAACAGGAGGGAGUGAAGGAUGGAGGAGAGGAGAGGAGGAACAGGAGGGAGCGAAGGAUGGAGGAGAGGAGGAACAGGAGGGAGCGAAGGAUGGAGGAGAGGAGAGGAGGAACAGGAGGGAGCGAAGGAUGGAGGAGAGGAGAGGAGGAACAGGAGGGAGCGAAGGAUGGAGGAGAGGAGAGGAGGAACAGGAGGGAGUGAAGGAUAGAGGAGAGGAGGAACAGGAGGGAGUGAAGGAUGGAGGAGAGGAGAGGAGGAACAAGGAGGGAGUGAAGGAUGGAGGAGAGGAGAGGAGGAACAGGAGGGGGCGAAGGAUGGAGGAGAGGAGAGGAGGAACAGGAGGGGGCGAAGGAUGGAGGAGAGGAGAGGAGGAACAGGAGGGGGCGAAGGAUGGAGGAGAGGAGAGGAGGAAAGAGAAGGGAGUGAAGGAUGGAGGAGAGGAGAGGUGGAAAGAGAAGGGAGUGAAGGAUGGAGGAGAGGAGAGGAGGAACAGGAGGGGGCGAAGGAUGGAGGAGAGGAGGAAAUGGAGAGUGUGGAGGAUGGAGGAGAGGAGGAACAGGAGGGAGUGAAGGAUGGAGGAGAGGAGGAAAUGGAGAGUGUGGAGGAUGGAGGAGAGAAGGGAGAGAAAAAGGAGGGAGUGAGGGAUGAAGGGGAGGAGGAGAGGAAAAAGGAGGGAAUAAAGGAUGGAUGAUAGGAAGGGAAAAGGGGAGGAAUAAAAGUACGGAUGAGAGGACGGGGAGGAAAAGGAGGGAGUGAAGGACAGGACAGAGGAGAGGAGAAGGGGGGGAGGGAGUGAAGGAUGGAGGAGAGAGGGGAAGAGAAAGGAGUGAUUGAAGGAUGGAGGAGGGGAGAGGAGGAAAAACGAGGGAGUGAAGGAUAGAUGAUAGGAGGGGAGGAAAGGGAGGGAGUAAAGGAUUGAGGGGAGAAGAGGAAGAAUAAGAAGGAGUGAAGAAUGGAGGAGAGUAAAAGGAUGGAGUGAUGGUAAGAAAGAUGGAGGAUGAGAGGGUUUACGAGACAAAGAGAAAAAUCAGAGCGAGGACAGGAGGGUGAGAAAGGCGGACAGAUAAAGAGAUGAUUGGUGCAGAAACAAUAAAAUGUCCUUAUUUCCCAUAAUCCCUUGCAGUUGUGAGUAAGUGCCCGCAGACUGAUCCGAGCCAGUAAGACUUUGGUGUGUGUGCGCCGCGGGUCACAGCGUUCCCGUUUCCUCUCUUUCUUCUGUUCGCUCGCAGCAGAGAUAACAGAGCGGCGGGCAGCCUGAGCCUGCAGACCGCAGCUGAGGGCGGCAGCAGCCCAAAGGUCAGGGUCACGGGUUCAAGUCCUCAGAGCGCCUCCGCGAAGGAAGAUGAGUAACUCUGGGUCAGCGCCCGAGAGGAAGACAAUUAAAGAGAUGUCGAACAGCUUCGUGUUGAUCAGCAGAAAUAUUAACGCAGACGCCGCUGUGCAGAAACGCUCUGACUAAUCAGGAAACAGGUCUUUAAAAAAACGCCUUCAGGACUUCAGUGCGGAGAUACUGAUCAGCUCUGAACGAAACAUAAGAAAGAAAGUCCUUAAAGUGACUGAUUUUUACCAAAAAAACAUCUAAACCACCAAAAGUGAUUCUUCAGACGAAAACACGCCGACAGAACCGAGCCUUUUUCUCUUUUAAAUAAAUCAAAAUAAAACAAUUUCUGAAAUCUGAUGAAGAAAUUAAUUACAAAGACAGUGGGAGACGCACUUUGAAUAUUCAGACUUUUAUUAAUCCCUAAGGAAAUUAAAACUCCAGGUUGUUCUGAAACUAAAAUUAAAGUCGAACGAAAAAAGAUCAAAAUAUAAAAUAAUUUAUUUAGUGAAUGGAGAUAAAAUGCGAAGAAAUAGUGAAGUGAGCACAGUCCAGGGGUGUGUCCACAGAGGUCGUUAGGGGUGGCCCCCUCCCCAUGGAAUGAGUGGCCACCAUUUGACCACCUUUAACCCAUGAGUUUUUUGAUUCACAUUUAUGAUUGUCUAAUGUACAAAAAACAAUUUACCGUAUUUUUCGGACUAUAAGGCGCACUUAGUGGAUAUUCGAAGCAUUACGGUACGCUGUUUCACUACUAGGGUUGAAAAAUUCUGGGAAUUUUCAAACUUUGAAACUUUCCAUGGGAAUUAAAGGGAAUAAAUCUGAAAUGUACAAAAUUGAAGGUUGGCCCUCAACAGAGAUACAUCAUUUGUCAAAUAUUUUUGAACGUUAUUUAGCCAACUAUAUUUCUGUUCAUGAUAUUGCAUUAGUGUUUUUACAAACUUUUUUGUUAUUUUGUUUUAUUAUUUUAUUUUACUCCAAAGAAAAAUGCCACAUUCACCAUCUGAUGUGUGGAAGAAUUUCACACAAGCUAUUUUUGAAGGAAAAAUAUUUACAUUUAGGUUUGGGUAUGAUACAGAUUGUUUAAAUUACCUCCAAUUUCCAGUUAGUUCUUAUAAAUUCCCAAUAAUUCCAGUAAAUUCUCAUGAAAGUUUCCAACUUGGAAUAUUUCUGAAAAUUCCCCAGUUUAACUUCCCAUGGAAAUUCACUGGAAAUUUUCCGCCCAUUUGCAACCCUAGUCACACUAGGCCCAGGGUACGCACUAGCAACAAUAAACCGAUUAAUGCGCCAGUGCUUAAUGCGCCUUACAAUCCGGUGCGACUUAUGUGUGAAGAUAGACACGUUAAUUCACGGUGCGCCAUAUCGGCCAAAAAAUACGGUAUACAUGCAAGAUUCCUUAAAUGCACAAGAUACUAAUGUGCAAAUAAGAUAAUCUUGCAUGUGCACAUGUUGAUUAUCUUGUGCAAGCCAAUUUUUUGCACCCUUUUUUAUCUUGCGCACUCAAGAUAACUUUUCUCUCACUUCUUAAAUCAGCAGAAGGAAACAUGUUCGUCCUAAACCAUGAAUUUUGGUUCUCCAAGGUCCAGAUUUGAUUCCUCGCCACUCUCAAAGUUUCCUCGCACCGUUUCCUCAAACUUAAAAUGAUGAUGUAACGAUGUGAGCGCUGGGACUCUAAGCUUGGAGGCCCUGCGAACCUCCCUGGGAAACCCCUUUGAUUCUGACCCGGGGCUUUAUUAAAGCCAGUAUUGUCAUGUUCGCUCUGAAGCUCAUCUUCCUCUGCAGAAACACGACCUGACAUUUACAUCUCCCUCAUCAAACCGGCCGUCUGCUCGCUGAUGAGAGGAAGAGAGAGGGAGAGGAUGAUGGAGGGGAAGAAUAAGACACCAACAAGGCAAAGAGAGAAAGAGAAAGAGAGAGACAGACGGAGAGGAAGGGAGGGAGAGAUCGGGAAAGAGAUUCAUCCAGAAUACAAAGCAGGAGAUCAAACAGGAAGAUGAAUAAAAAAGACGGCGAGGAGGAAGAGGAGUGUGCGUGGUUCACAGAGUGACAUAAAGAAGAGGAAGAGGGGAGGAAAAAGGAGGGAAAAGGGAGGGGAGGGAAAGAGGGAGGAAAAGAACAGAAAGAAAGAGAGAGAAAUAUAUACAGUAUGAGCCUUUACUAUUAAUAUGAACUGUGUGUGAGUGUGCGGCGGUCAAACUGUGACAUUUUCAGCGAGGAUGUGACUCCUGGCAGCAAAUACUCAACAGUCAGCAGUACACACACACACACACACUUACACACUCUCACACACACACACACACACACACACUUACACACACACACACUCCUUCCCCCCUGAAGAAACAGCAGCUGUGGUACAAAUGCAUCUGUUGUGUUGGAUGGUGUUAAACUCUGUAAAUCGUUUCAAUAUUUCCGUCUGAGUAAACGUUAAUAUUUAAUAAGAGAAAACCUCUCUGGACAAAACGGAAACACACACACACUCCGAUAAAAUCCAUUUAAAACCUGAAACUAAAGGUGAGCGAGUUCGGACUGAUGGAUUAUCUCUGCAGACAGGUGUGGAGAGAGAGAGGAGCUGAAGGAGGAGAAAUUCGUCUUUUUUAGAAAUAAAACAAACAGGAAGUGUGAGAGUUCGUGUUUUUGUUGUAAUCUGAGUGUGAAAAUAAGCCACAGAUGAUGAUCUGAAGCAGCGCUUUAGACUUCUGACCAAUCAGAGGCGAGGAGAACACCAGAGAGGAAGAACUUAGGACUGGGCGAUAAACCGAAAAUUUACCGAUACCGAAAUUUACGUCAAUAAUCGACAUCAUUUUGUCCGUAUCGGUAUAUUUGGUGUCAAAAAUUAGCGCAAAGACAACAAAUGAAAUGUAGAAAAUGAACAAAAAAGCUAAAUUAAGUUUGAUACCUGUGUAAAGUCUGCAAAAAGUUGGAACAGUCAGAACAAAACAGAAUGAAAAAGUUCAUUAAGGCUGGAAAACAGCUGCAGGAACAUCUCCAAACUGAUAGUUUCCGGACGCCGGAGCAUGGCGGAUAAAUUCAGCACAGAUUAACCCGUGCUGGAAAGGAAGUCGGGCACAGACACAAAAUAAAACAUCCGGCUUCUUUUCAAAAUAAAACACUCCGUGUUUCAGGAGGAUCGUAUUUCACACCAUGCAAACGGGCGGAGACGAACAAGUGAAAGGUUUUUAGACGUCAUUUCACCCCGAUGACACCAUGGAUGAGGAGAUGCUGAUUCUAGAAGUCUAGAAGUAGAUUUCCUCCUCUGGAAGGACACAAUCUACUGCUUAUAUGUCUAUGUGUCUGUCUUUAGAGAGACAACUCGUAUGAGCGUGAUGGAGCUCAGGGACUCCCAGAAAAGCCUGGGGACGUGAUGGUCCAGACCUGAACCAGCUCAAGGUCUAGUUCCAGUCGACUUUUUGAGUAAACAAACCGAUUGAUCGAGUUUCUUCUUUCCUUAUUUCUUCACUUCACGUGAAUUGAUCACAGUUUAAUCUUCGGUAGUCUUCGUUUUCGGUAUCGACUCUUUAAACCCCGAACCGUCACGUCCUCGCCUCUGAGCCCGCAGCAUCAUUAAACGCGUUUAUUCAGAUUCACGUGGAGCUUCGGCGAAGAGCGGGCGCUCCUCAAACACGAAACAACCGCCCAUCAACCUGUCAGUCAGCACAAAGACACUCAACCCACUUCUGCUGUUCAGAGAGAAAUCUGAACAAACGGGACGCCUCGGAUAUACAAAUGAAAUCUACACACACACACACACACACACACACACACACGUCGGGGAGUUGAGUCAUAGGAAGGGAGGAGUGACUGUCAGAAAGAUGGAUGGAUGAAACAAUGAAAAUCAAUGAAGUGUGUGUGUGCGCGAGCAGGAAAGAGACAUGUUGCAGCUGAGAGAGUGUGUGUAUGACGGAUGAGGAGGUUGUGUUAAGUGUGUGUGUGUGUGUGUGUGCGUGUGUGUGUGUGUGUUCAGAGAGCGGGCGUGUCUCGCUCUUUACAAGUUUUCCUUUUUAAUUACCUUCGUUUGACCACGGUUUGUUUCCCGGGAACGCGGCCAGAAACGAACACAGGAAGUCACAGCAGCAGAAGAAGAAGAAGAAGAAGACGACAUCCUCCGAUUCGUUUCUCCGUCUCAGGCUUUAAUUCCCGCCGUCUUCAUUCAUCCGCUUUGUGUUCUUUCUCUACGUUUGCAUCAUCCUUUUCAUCGCUCGUAGGUUUCUCCCCGUCCCCCCUGGGUUUUGUGGGUAGCUCUCAUCCAGGUGAACUCCUCGUAAACACAGAGAGAGCGACCAGCUAAUGAUGGCGGCGUGCAGAGCAGAACUUUUCAAACUGACAUUAUCUACAAGCUAAAGUGUUCAUUUGUGUUCACAUGAUGCAUCCUGCAAAAACGCCCCUUUAGCCACCAUGAUCCCUCUGCCCGGAUCGCUUCUCCCUUCAGACGACAGAAGAAGAGCGGAGGACUCUUCUGUUGAAGCUGCGACGUAUUUCUUAUUCACGGUUAUUGUAUCUGCUGUGAAUGGAGGCCGACUCCAGCUGCUGAGCUCGGAGCUCGGUCGGAGACGCUCUUUCCGCCUGUUGGGAGCAGCUGUGGUCGGGUCAGCUUCAGGUGGUUACAGUCUGUGCGUGUGUGUGUGUGCGUGUGUGUGUGUAGAUAUCAGGCUGUUUGCACGCACACUAAUUCAAGCAGACAUCAGGGAAAUCUUGAAAGUAUCAUCCGCCCAUAGAACCGUGAACCUGCACCCGUAUUAGCACUAAGGGGUGUGUCGUACAGUAAGGUAGCUCAAGGCUGGAGCUGAUGGUGCAGAUCUUUAGAGGGAACAUGCGUUAGAUAGUUAGAAAGCAUAAAGGUUCAUUACGCAAAAGAAACUUUGCAGACAUGCAAAGAGACACUGCCUUAAAGAACAAACAAGCGUCUGCUGGAAGAGAGUAGGUGAGUUGUGUUUAGUCUCUUUGCUAAAGAAAUGAGUCAAAGUUAAAAAGACGUUUGGUGUCUAGUACUAUGUCUGUGACCCUAUAUGUCCUGUUGAUGAAGUUAGGUGCUGUUCUGAGCAUUAUUUGUGGCUAUAGAGUGGCGUUUUGGUUGGGGGCGUGGCUCUCUGUAUUUCUAUCCUGCGGUCGUUACUAAAGUUGGUAUAACUAGAGAAGCAAGCGGUCGACAACAUUCAUCUCUGGAGGGGGGGUCUAACUCGGUGUUACGGAGUGUUUGACCCUGAAUUAAUCUUAAGCCAGAAUAUCCCUUUAAAUGUUGUCACUAGAUGGCACCCAAGCGUACAUAUUUUACUGUUCUGUCAAAGGUUGUGCUGUGCGUGCAGAUGUGACAUCAUAACGCUGUAUGUGUACCUUAUUAUGUUAUCAGAGGAGCAGGCACGACAUCUACGGUUGUGUUUUAUGACAGACCCACUGUGACAUCGAAAUGACAUCUAUUCAACGUAUUUUUUUUGGUGAUGAGUUACAAAUGUGGACGUCAUUUCAACGUCUUAAUGACGUCCAAUAAUGACGUCUAAAUCUUGGAUCCAUUUUGCAGGUUAUGCCGAUGUCUAGAUUUGAUCUUCAGAUGACGUCCAAAUUCUAAACAUCAGAGCGACGUCUAAAAAAGGUCUAAUUUGGACGUCAAAAUUUCUAACCUAUUUUGCAUGUCGCACUAACAACUAGAUGUGGUCUUUGACGGACCGACCCAAUACUGACUUGAUGUGCACGUCUCUUCGACGUCCGAUGUUUGGUGGUGAGUGUUAAUAAGGAAACCUCCUGAACUGGCUUCAAAAAUAAAGAGUGAAGAUCGAGUCGGGCUAGAAAGUCACGAUCAGAAUAAGUGUUUACAUGGGUGGGUUUCGGAAUAACGAUCGGCAUAAACCAUCCCUCUAGAUCGGAAAACAAUUUCUUUCCGAUUGAGCCGAAUAGGAUCUGAAUCUCCCCAUCGACAUGUUUACAUGACGCUUUUGUAUUCCGAUUGGGCAUUUAUUCCGAUCUGCUACUUUUUUAUGCCCCCUUUCAGACCGUUUCCUUUGGUCCUCUAAGACUGGCGCAGAGUUCUCUCAGACAGGUGACGAUCUGGACUUGUGUACUCCUUCUGCUGACCCGAUUUUCUGACGUGCCAGAAAUUCAUCCACCGAGAAAGCUGCAGAUUCGUAAACUCUUGUUUCUUCAUCCGUCAGAUCGGACCUGAUCGGCGCUAACAGCCUCGUGUUUAUGAUGCUACGAUUUCGCACCCUGCAGGAAAAACAUCUUCUGCGCUCGUUCGGUGGAUGUUUCUGCUCCCGGGGAAUCAAACCCUCUUGUUGUUUUUAUUCUCUUUUGAUCGUAGCCUUGAAUGAGCCUCUCACAGAACAGGUCAAUGAUUUAUUACUGAACACGGUUCUGGAGUCAAUAAGGUCUUUCGGGGCCUUUUCCUCUGAUGUAAAAUGAGUUUCCUCUCUCUCUCUCUCUCUCUCUCUCUCUCUCUCUCUCUCUCUCUCUCUCUCUCUUGUCCUCUGAUUACUUAUUGUGCUUAUUCAGAGCAGUGAACACACACAUUUGCACCAUCCCAUCCUGUCCUAUUUAACACUCGUACUACUUUUUGCUGCGCAGAGUCUCAUCCCGGCGUAUUCACGGUGUGUAUUCCUCAUUAGUGUCAUUCAGAGUCAUUAUAACGAUAUGAAUGGACUGGCAGCUGCUGCAGCGAUAAGGACUCUUCUCGCUUCGUUCGCCCGCUCAUGAGUGUGUGUGUGUGUGUGUGUGUGUGUGUGUGUUAGUGUGUGUGUUUGAAGGACGGGCGAGUUUGUGGGGGUGAUUUUUUUGGUGCAGAAGUGGGUGGAUGUAGGGAAAGAGAGGUGAGGAAACUGUGUGUGAACAUGUAGAAAUGAAUUCAGGGUGUUUGUGCAAAGACAGAACAAAGCAGGCGGUGUUCGUGCAUAUGAUUCGUUAGCACUUGUUUUCCCACAUUCCUCUGCGGCGGCGGCGGCGGCCUCCGUCUGUCUCUCUCUCUUCCUCCUCUUUUCGUUUUCAUCACCUGUUUCUCCGUUAAACCCUCACAGUUCAUUUCUUAAAUUAGACCCCGUCUUCGCCUCUCCUCCUUCCUCCAGACAUGUGCCCCAUUUCCCGUCUCGCCACCAUCCCUCCUUUUAUCUCACUCUGGGUUUUUCUUUUUGGUUUUCUUUUUUUCGGAGGGAGCGUUUACCUCCAGCUGUGAUUUGGCCACAUUUCAGCUGCGGCACAGACGCUUCGUGGUUUGCGCAGAAGCUGCAGCGUGAAAACUUUUAUCAGAGGGUGAAAAAUGAAGAGACAGGAACAAAACGAACAAACUGAACAUCAUUCCAUCUGAUCCCGUCUGAGCGAGGAUACUUUAAUUUUUUAACAAAGCUGAAUCUGACUUAGCAUGUUUGCAAUAAUGUUUAAUCCAACAGGAAGUUUAAAAUAGACUCAGAUUUACUAGAAUAAAUUCACUUUUUAGAUGCUGCAUGAUCUUGUCUCUCUAGGGGCAGCAUCACUCUCUCCAGCUUUAUAGAAAUUCAUAGAAAGACAACGACAUCCACCUUCAGUAAAGUCCCACAGAGAGGAGCAGAUAUUUCUAUCAAACAUUCAUUCAGACUGACAUUUGUGCAGAUAAACCCUAAAAAUCAUGUUUCACGCAGCCUCAGAUUUAGGAACAUGGUGAAGUAAUUAAAGGUCUUCAGAACCCUCCAAAGGUGAAAGAGGCGUCAUCAUUUUUAGAGAGUGAUUUAUCUGGUCUGCAGCACUGAGGACUUUGGUUCUGCUUUUCCGAUCAUCACACUCACUCCUUAUUGAUAUUUGUGUAUUUAUUCAUAUGAAGCAAAUACUUCUUUAUAAUUGAUGUAACAUUAAAGCUCCUUCAAAUCUAAACAGUCGACUUUUAACAUCUGUUCUUUCACGACUGCACAAAGACCCCCCUGCAGUAAAGCUGAGGUUUUUAAAUCAUGCAGUCUGUAUUUUCAUAUGAAAGAGGAACAAAAAUGCAUUUUUCUCCACUUUUUGACUGGAAUGUAAUCCUGAUGGAAAAUAACCAAUCUUUAAAAGUUUACUAAAACAAAAAAACGAGCAAGAAUAAACACAAAAACAGAAAAUUUUUUAUUUCCUUCCUUUCGAUGCGUUUACUAAAACAUUUGAAAAAAAGCACCAUGAGGAUAAAAGCAGUAGGCUAAGAUCAAAACUUUAAUAUUGGUUUAAUAUUGAAUAAAAGUGGCAAAACUACGGAAGCAUAUUGCAUUUACAAAAGUCUAAAAAAACAAAAACAAAAAAAAAGUCCGAAAAACGGUAGGGAAAACAUUCCAAAAAACAGAAAAAAAAAAAUUUAGAAAAAAAAUAAAGUCUGAAAAACGGGGAAAAAUUCAGGAAAAAAUAUUCAGAAAAAAUGGAAAGAAAAAAAAAAUUACCUCGACAAACAGAAAAAAAUUAGUCUGAAACACAGGGGAAAAUAUUUAAAAAAACAUAAAAAAUUACUCUUAAAAAUGGAAAGAAAUUAGUCUGAAAAACUGAGCAAAAAUAUUCAGAAAAAACAGAAAAAAAAUUAUCCUGAAAAACAGAAAACAAUUAGUCUGAAAAACAAGGGGGAAACAAAAAAAAAGUUCAAAAAGUCAGAAAAAAAAAGUCUUAAUUUUUUUUUGGUGAAUGCACUUUGCUUCCAUACAAAACAAGUUUUCACAGAAUAAACAGGCAGAAACAGGAACAAAAAGCAGUAAUGAAAUAAAGAGUUCAACACAAAUCAACGGAAUAACUGAAUGAAGCAGCAAAUAAGACGGAAACCUCAUUAAAGUAAAGCAGAAAUAGGACGUGAUAAAAUCAUGGUGUUAAAAUCCUCUUCAGUGUUUGGAUCACCGACUCUGUAAGAAGGACGCUGCUCAGCUGGAAGUAAGACAGGUGUAGUUUUAGAAUACCUGAUGAGCAGUUUUACACAUAAACAUCUUUUUUCCUCUGUAUAUAUAUCACAGUCUUUCCUUCCCCUCACGUAAUCAGAUCUAACCUCUGACUCAGUUUUAGUGUCGGUUAAAACACGAAUCAGACGGCAGGUAUCAGUCUUGGAUUGCUGUGUUUCUGUUUGGUAACAGGUCCACGCUGUUAUGUGCGUUCCAACAGGUUGUGUAAGGUUGCCUAGCAGCACAACUUUAAUCACAGUCUAGCAUCACCUCUCAGUUCCUCUUUUCAGGCUGUCAGGAUGAAAAAUCUGCCUGUGUGUGUUGGUGGAGAGAGUCGCUGUGCGUGGGCCGUCCAGUCUUUGUCUGUGCUCUCAAAAUGUGUUUCCAAUUAAACAAGCCGCAGGAACCCAACUCAAGGUCUAAAUCUGGGAGAAAGUUUGAAUUUCAAUCAGACAAAAGAUCGGGAGGUGGCGUUCAGAGCGGUGGCUGCAGAUCAGGAGAAAUGGCUUCGAGACUCUGAGGCUGCAGACAGCCGUGUGGUUUUGUGGUUUCGAGGUAGAAAGAACCUCAAACGUCGGAUCAGAUAACCGAUCGGUUUUCAGUCCCAAAGGCUCCGGAGAAGAAGAGGAAGUAGCCUCUUAAUCAAUCAAGUAAUCAGGUUAUAUUUACACUGCAACAAUUCAUGAAAAGAGAAGAUAACACGACUCGUACUGACCCACAAGAUCGCAGCGAGGAGGUACAGAACGUCCAAUAGAACCAGAAUAAUCCAGAAUCCAGAGAAAGGAAGAAAGCUAACGCAAAUGUAAUCAGAUAGGUCUGUUAAAGGUACUAUAUGUGAUUUUACAAUAACAGGAGGGGUCAUUUGAUGAGCCUUAAUAGGAAAUGACCUUAAGAAUUUCAAAAUAAGAUGAUUAUAUAACCCAUGCUUUAUUUUUAUGGCUUUCCCUGUUUGAGGGGGGUGGAGCCUAUCGCAGCUGUCAAGGGGCGGGGCAAGAGGCAGGGUACGCCCAGAAUGUGUCCGUAGGAUAGAAGGGGAAGGUCCCGCCUCCAUCGCCUCAAGCCACAACAUUAUUGCAAUUCUGAAUCUCAUAACUCUAACCCUGACGAUGACGUUUCACAGCCAUAAAGAAUAACCAGUCAGAGCCCAGCACUUCUAGCCAAUCAGAGGCGAGGAGGCGGGACCUCCCCCUACCAUCCUACGAAAAUAAAAUAUUGCGUCCAGGACAGAUCACCAGUCUCUGACAUGUAGAGACAGAUAACCAUUAACACUUACACUCAAACCUGUGAGCAAUUAAGAGAGACCAAUUAACCCGACAGGUGUGUUUUUGGACUGUAGGGGGAGGAGCCAACACACACACACAGGUAGAGCAUUCAAACCUCUGGGGACUCGAACCAGAGCUUAUGAAAACUAACAAGUUAGAGCUUUGAAAUAUCUCAAUUACCUUUAAAUGACCAGAAAUUGGAGCAUAGUUUACCACUCAUCCGGUGCAGUCGCCCCCUGCUGGGCGUUAAAGGAACUGCAGGUUUAAUGCGUCUCAGUGAGAGGAGAUGAGCGCAGAUAAUCAGCAGCCUGUUAAUGGUUUAAUGGCAUCUUACAUCAGCGGACUGUGUUUAGCUGUUUAGCACCACAGCUCAGAGAGACGAUUACAGUGUGUGUGUGUGUGUGUGUGUGUGUGUGUGUGUGUGUGUGUGUGUGUGUGUGUGUGUGUGUGUGUGUGUGUGUGUGUGUGUGUGUGUGUGUGUGUGUAAAAGAGAAGGAUUUAGCUUCUGGGAUGUGUGUUUGUAAAGAGGUGGGUGUCACAGAGAUAUGAAACUGUUUUAGAUCCAAAGAUGUUUCAUAAAUACACAGUUUCUCAAAUACGAGGAUGAAUUUCUCUCUCUCUCUCUCUCUCUCUCUCUCUCUUUCUCUCUCUCUCUCUCUUUAACAACCAAAUCUUUCGCUCUCCGUGAAGCCACCAUCACGCCUCCUCUCAUCCUGGCUGAACAUCUCACCAGUUUGUUUCCAAAAUAAAGCGCUGACAGUUUGAGAAGAAGGCGACUCCUGCUGAAGAACACAGAUUAUUGUUACAACACAGACAGCCUGAAGAAGAGGUGUGAAACUUUCAGGUCCGAGGACACGUUUCAUCCUCUGACUGGCUUUCUUAUUGUCUGAUUUGGCUUCUAAAAGUGUCUAAACUGACAGAUACUGCUCUGGACUUUGCAUCCUUAAAGCUCCCGUUUGUAACUUUCGGUAUGUGUCGUAUUUGGCGCCCCCUGUGGACAAAGCAGUGCUCACUUUGCUGGAAAAAUUUGAGAAAAAAAUCACACCCUGCUGAGUAUUUGAUGACGGUCAAAUAUAUAUCUGUUAUUGUGAAUAUUUGAUACUGAAAAUGUAAACACAGGGCAGUUUGAGCUCAGUACCUACAUUUACACUCUUCCUAAAGUGUUUUAUUUUCCUUUCCUGUGUCCUGCUGCGAGAUAUUUAAGUAGAAAACCUGGAAAUUUUAAAUUCUUUGAAAAACACAAUAAGUGGGAAAAAAACUAAUUUUUUGAAAAGUCAUACUGCUGAAUUAAAAGCCAAACAGGCUGCAGAUUUAACAAAUCUUGUAAGCCUUUAUAUAACGUCUUUUAUAACAUCAAAUUUUGAAUUUAAGUUUUAUUAUGAUCUGGAAUAAUGUCUCGCUUUCUAGCCCCGCAAUUAUUCCGUCAUUAACGCGCGCAUAAUCAUUAUAGUCUCUCUUGUUGUUUUUAUUUCAUCGCUUGGCUUUUCAGGUGCAAAUUUGGGACAAAAAGAAAAACAGUCUAAGGAACAAAAAAAUUAGUCUGAAAAACAGGGGAAAGAAAUUUUCAAAAAACAAAAAAGAAAACAAAUUACCCUAAGAAACAGAAAAAAAUAGCCCAAAAAACUGGACAUUUUUUUUUACGAAAAACAAACAAAAAAAAAUUUCCCUGAGAAAAAGAAAAAAAAAAGUUUGAAAAACAGGGGAAAGGAAAAAAAUUACCCUGAGAAAUAGAAAAAAUUAGUCAAAAAAAUGGGAAAAAUACUCUGAAAGAACAGGAAAAAAAAACCCUGUGAAACAGAAAAAAAAAUAGUCCAAAAAACAGGGGGGGGAAAAAAUCCGAAAAACAGAAAAGGAAAAAAAAAUUUACCCUGAACAAUGGAAAAAAUUUAUCCAAAAAACUGGGGGAAAAAUAUUCAGGAAAACGGAUAAGGAAAAAAAUUUGCCCCAUGAAACAGAAAAAAAUUAUUCUGAAAAACAGGAAAAAAAUAUUCCGAAUAACAGGAAAAAAAAUACUGUUUUUUUUUUUUGGCGAAUGCAAUACAUUUUUUAACAGAAUAAAGAGGCCGAAACAGGAAACAAAAGCUUUUCCAGAGGCUUUUCAGGCGCACAUGGAAACACACAACUGCCUCCUCCUGCUCCUCUCUCUGCUCUAAGCUGUAAAACAAAUAGAAAAAUUACAAGUAUACACAAAUACACAAGUUUGUUGCAACAAAAUGUGAGAAGAAAAGAAGUUCCCUUUUAUUAAAACGAAAGACAAAAGUGCAUCUUACUGUUAGUCGAUCUAAAUAACAAGAAUCAGUGAUUUCUUCUUCUUUUCCGCUGGUUUCUCCUGUUCGGAGCUGCAGCAGGCUCAGGUUGGCUCAGGAUUUCUCGGAGGUGAAUAUAAAUGAGCAGCAGAUCUCCACGCCGGCUGAAAUGUGGGUCAGUAUCCAUGAGGGGGGAAAUAUGACAUUUGAGGAUGCUCAGAGCUUUUUACGCCGCACAGUGAGUCUGACUCUAGUUUUCUGCGAGUGUGAGCAUCUCAUGUCGGCAUGCUGCAGAUGUGUGUGUCUGUGUGUGUGUGUGUGUGUGUGUGUGUCCAGAUGUUUUUCCAGUAACUUGUUUCCAGAGUGAAAAUGCGCCAAAAAAGAGAGUUUAGAGGCAUGAAAUAAAUCCUCCAGACUUCCUGAGAGUGUGUGUUUAGAUAUUUAACACAUCAUCCAUCUGCUUUUAAACGGCCUCCUACAGCUGCUGCUGAGCGCUCGUCUUCACAGUGAUGAAUACUCUGUUUCCUCUUCCUCACUCACAGUCAACACUUUUAUCUGUUUUUCCACAUUCAUCAUUUAAAAGGAUCGAGAGCUGAGCGAUAAAUCCGUUUUAUCAAUAAAGACGUAUUAAUGCUUCAAAGCUGAAAGUGAAACCUGAUUUACCUACAGUAUUAAAGUCCUUUUAGGGCUCAGGAGGUGGGAUGUCAACAUGUACAUCUUAUUAUUAGAGAGUUUGAAGUGUUUUUAAUCCACCACAGACACAAACAAGAUGAUGUACAUGUGGCGUGAUAUCAUUAUUCAACAUACAGCCCGUUAGCCGCCUGCUAACCUGCUUUGUCGAUUGUUUUGGUUCAUAAUUGGGAGACAGCUGAGCAGGAAAUGACCAUAAUGGAGGCGGACAUGUGACAGUAGUCGAGUUAAAUUGCUAAAUGAAGCUUUAAUUAUAACUGGACUAUACUUUUAAAUGGGUGAGGUACACAGACUGUACUGUUAGAAACUCCACCGGUGAAAAAAACAACUGUCUAGGGCUGGGUGAUAAAUCGAAAAUUUACAGAUACCGAAAUUCACGACAAUAACCGGCGCCAUUUUGCCCAUAUCUGUACAUUUGGUGUCAAAAAAAUAGAUAAAUAAAAGCUGGUUUUGGUCUUAUGUCCGCAUGCUAAUUUGGAGAGAUGAGAAAUUUGUCUUUUUUAAAAACAACAAAUGGGAAGUGUGAGAGGUAAUGGUUUUUUCGUUACCCAAAAUGAUGUUCUGAAGCAACGCUUUAGACCAAUCAGAGGCGAAGAGAACACCAGGGAGGAAGAAUUUACGGCUGGGCAAUAAACCAAAAAUUUACAGAUACCGAAAUUGACGACAAUAACCAACAUCAUUUUGCCCAUUAUCUACAGAUAUUGCUGUAGAACUGGCUUUAGGGUUUCCAGGAAGUUGCUGUAAAAUGAACGGUGUAUUCCUGUUGCUGAAAUUGACAGUUUUCUACUGUUUUCAUGAGUUCGGCAAAAAGCUGCACAUACUGCACACUUCUGUUCAUCCAUUUCCUUCUAGCAAAGUUUUCAGAGUUAGAUUUAUUUGUUUCCUUCUCGUGUUAGUAAAGCAUGUGGAGUCAUAGAUCAGGCAUUAAACAGGUACAUAGAAAAACAACAGACAGAUCAGCUCUACAUCUGCUCCCUAUCUCUGUGUUUGGUCUCAUCUCCAUCCUGAUAGAGAGAAACUUUGGAAAAAGUUCAAUUUUUUUUUUUUUUUUUAUCACAGACGAGUUUAGUUUCUAAAAUUACUCAAAAUGUAGAAAUCUGUUUUUUCUAAAACACAGAGUCUCUUUUUAAACCUCCUAAUAUGAGACAGAGACGCGUUAUCUGCAGGAUAUUCUCAGCGUCGCCUCUCGACUUCCAGGAUGCUCCAAAUCUCCAGGAAAUGGAGCGAUACUGUUUUUCCAUUUUGGCCAGAGGGGGCGCCACAGCGCUGGGUUUAAUUGCCCUUAUUUAGCAGAGUUUAUCUGAAACUUCAGAGCCUCCUCAGCUUCUGUCUCCCGGCUCUCCUAAAGCUGCUGCGAUUGGCCCGAGGGGGGCGCUGCUUUUGUUUACUCAUUACUGAUUGGCUGAAGGGGGGCGCCGCAUCACUCGCAGGGAUAUUUGACACACAAACACACACACGCGCAGAACUACACACCACAAAUGUGCACACUCGCUCUUCCUCUGACGCACACAGACUGUGUUUCCUCUUCUCCCUGGAUAUCUGCUCCUCGCUCCGCCGUUCAAACACACGACUUAAAAUAACACUUUUCCUCACCCCCUCUCUCUCUUUUCUCACACACACUCUUAAAAUACACACACACACACACACACAUUCCCAUAAUACACACACACUCUGACACACACAGCUCAGUUGAGUGGCUAUGUGGGACAGCAGCUUGGGGAUAGACAACUGAUUCACUUUGAGUGGCACAUGGAUAUUUAUAGCUCCUAUGUGUGUGUGUGUGUGUGUGUGUGUGUGUGUGUGUGUGUGUGUGUGUGUGUGUGUGUGUGUGUGUAAAUGCCGAUCUUUCUUUACAUUUUGCAAAUGUAUCACUUUUUAUGGCGUGUGUGUGUGUGAGUGUGUGAGACAGGUGAUCAGCACCGAGCACGCUCAGAUGUCUCGCUGUUCGUUUCACAUCCCUGCGUAACCAUGGUAGCGUUGUGUUGGGAGAAGCUAUAUUGGACAGCAGGUCCUAGACGACACACACACACACACACACACACACACACACACAGAUAAAAUUUCACACACUCUUAGAGAUUUUUUGUCUUAAUAAAACUUUAUUAAUAUUCGUAAAGCGUUAGUUUCAUUUGAGGACCUCCCAUAAAUCGUGAAUCACCUCCUGACAUCAGUUGUUAAUGUGGCACAUGAUAAAUAAAGUCUGUAAUUGAUUAAAUAUCUUAAUGAAAAUGACAGUCUGACUGUUUCUGAGGGGUUUACUUUACUCUCCUGCUGGAGGAGGAUCUAAUGUCUCCAUCCUGUAAACUUCCAUAAAUGCAUUAAAAUGUUUGGAUAUAUCAUAAUGUGUUUUACAGACUUGUAUACGGCAUUAAUCUGUUUAAAGGACUGAAAAUAUUCCUAAUAUCUGCCUGUAAAGCAUGUCAUCUAUCCAACCACAAACAGGUCUCCAUCAGAAUUUACAGUUACCCGGGGGGUCCACAGGAUCUGGAACUUCACUUAUUCCGAUACAUGUUCACCAAUUCCCAUUCAGGUUUGGAGGUUAUUUCACUUCUGUGCCUUUAAAACCUUCAUUUAUUUAUAACAUUAAGGUUGUUUUUCACCAGAAAAGAGCCGCAGACUCCUUCCUAAAACUAAAGUACAGCCUAAAAUUGCAGAAAUGUAUUUAAAAGUCCCGACGUUUUCACCUCAUAAAUCACAGAUGUGGUCGAGUUUAAUAUUUGGAAGCUGCAGUUCCUCUU